UAUGUUUGAGGACCUUUGCAGUGACUGGUGAACAGUACACAGGAUGCUUCCAGGUAGAAGACAAUCCCACAGUAUGGUCACUGUGCAUAUGGGACAGGAAGAAGAGUCGGACAUGAUUGCACCUCCUGCUCUGCCAGAAAUCCACAGCAAUGGGGGUCUCUGGGAUUAUUGUACCAUUCAUCUUACGUAUCUGGCAGCUAAAUGAAACAUAAAAUACAAAUUCUGGAAUUCCACUUUCUUUAUAUUGUUUCAGUCACUGUAUUUCAAUGUAGAUUUCAAUGCAUAUUGACGUUUGAAAUGCAAAAGGCACCCACAAUUCAUUAUUAACACCAGAGGCUGGUUGUAGCCCCAGUUCAGGGUUGUGAAAAAAAAUAAAAUCUACUUGCCACAGGAACUAAAAUAGUAGCCCAAUCUGCUUACCCAAACAAAAUAAUUUACGUUUGGGGAACCUGCUUAGAUCCCUGGAUCUUGACAUGGUUACUCAUCAAACUCUGCAUUUGUGUGAAAAAGCUGAGCUAUAUUCACAAGCUUUGUACUCAGUUUUUUUUUCUAUUUAGAUUUAAUUUGUUAAAAUUCUGAGUUUAGCGAAUAACCCCCACCCACCCUCACCUCCAUGGGAUGGGGGCGGGGGUGGGUUCCAAUUUAGUCCAUCUUAUUUUUUGCCAAUACUGAGUAAAACCUUGUUCAGUUCUUCACCUUUUCCAGUUUAUUGAAUCAACCCCAGUUUGGACAUGAUUUAAUGUUUAUAUCACCCCUUAAACAACACCCUCCAUAUGUAAUUUAAAGCAGUCUUUGCCUAGCCAGAACACCCUACACACACUUCCUUGUACCAAUCUGGAAUGUCUCAGGCUCUGCACAUGGUAUCACAGGCUCAGAGCGGCGCUCGUUUAAUCCUGUCUGGCAGGCAGGAUCAUUGUGCGGAGUUCGGCUACUCCUGUCUUACCAACACGGAAGUGCUGCAGCAGACCAGGUUUUCCAGGUAAGGGGUCAGAAACCCACCAGGAUACCAAUACUGUGUGACCUGGGCCAGGGUGCCGUGAGAGAGGUGGGGUCAGGAGGGGUGGAGCUCAAAGGACCUUCCCGCUUAGAUAUUAACCAGUUAGGCGCCAGCAUGUGGGAGUGGAGCUCUGUGAUGAUGUGUUAGUGGGAGGAUAGUGUGGUGGCUGAGAGUGAUUGGGAGUGGUGAAGACUGAUGUUCUCAGGGGAGGGAGGACGAGGCUAUGUAGUGCAGGAAAUCAGGAAAUUAGAUGUCCAUACCGGUUAGCUUUGAUAGAAAUGCAUUGCUUUGCUGACUGAUUGUACAUAUGAAAUGGGCCAUCAUAGCAUGGAUUGGUACUGGAUGAUAGGAGCUGCAGUCCUACACACAUAUGGCAUGCAACCUAUGGCAUCCUUUUGGCAUUUUGUUUUGUCAAAAAGAAAUUCAUCCCAUCUACUUUGAUUAAAGGGACAAUACUAUCAAACAACAAAUGGAGCAAAAUUCUGUGUUAUUAUUUAUUAUUAUUAUGAUAUGUAGAAGCCCUAUUUAGCAGGGUCAGUCCCUAUUUUGGGUCCAAAUUCCUCUGACCUUUUUUUUUCUCUCUAUCCUAAUAUCCCUCUUUCCUAGGAGCUCCAUAUUGUUAGUUUGUCUUAGUAAAAAAAAUAGAGCCCCCACAGCUAUUAUGCUCACAGUAAUGUGUCUUAUUCCCGUUGGCGCCGUUAGGACAUGUCAUUAUGUCCGGACAGAUGUGGGCUUUAACAACUUUACGGUGUAAUGACACGUCCUAACAUUUGUGCCCCCGCAACCGUCCCCCUGAAUCAUAUUGACCAUGCUGGAUCAGAUCGGGAGGACUGCCUGGCAAUCCAGGCAGCCCCCUAAAAGCCAUAAAGUUGCGAUCGCAGUGACAGUUUCACAGCAAUAAUUUGUUUCAUGGCCUGUGACAUUAUUUUCAGCCUCUCUCUUUCCCUACUUUGAUCUAAAGGUGAGAGAGGCAGACAGAUCAUUGCUGGCAGUGUUACAUAAUUUUACUGCGUGUUUAAAAAUAAAAAUAAAUGCUCUAUUUAACUCCUUUACUGCUGAUCACAGGCUAAUACUGUGAUCAGUACACUAAUACUGUUUGUUUUUUGUCUGCUUGUCAGAUUUUUUGGUUACACCUUGACUCUUUUUUUCUUAAUUUAACCCUUACUAGUUUAAGAAAAAGAACUAAUCUUUUAAUGUUGAUCGCAGUGUUUUAUAGUCCUUUUCUUUUUUGUUUUUGGAAACUGUUGGUGGAAAUGGGAAUUGGGGUGUGGGCUGAGUAUUUGUGUGUUGGGCAGGUAGAAAAAAAACAUUUGACCCCUUAAAACGUUGCCAUUGCCUAGUAAUACACAAAAGUGCAGCACAAGGGGGCGGAGCCUGACACUUGAAGAGCACGGAUGCCAUUCUCCUGAGCUCCAGCGACUGGAGCACAAAACUGCUAAAAAUCGUGAUUUUCAGAGAAAAGCUGGGAAAGAGACAACAUACCUUCUCUCCCUGAAGAACUGGGCUACCGGCACAUGCCUUUCCUGUACAAUCCGACAGGCAGAACUCACCGAUGAUUGGUGACCUACCUUGCCGUCCCACCUGCUAAGGCCUUCAUACUCGACUGGGCGCCUGUCCUGGAGGCGUUGGGCCCUCCCCAGCUGCCUGGCAAAAAUCAACUACGGAGCACUGACAAAAUGGGCCGGCGAUCCCAAAAACCACAAGCGGGUGGGAAUAAAAACACUCAUGAUAUUGUGGACCUGGAACCCGCAACACUCAUGGCACUCUCUGCAACAUCGUAGGAAGUGGACGCGGAAUCUCUACACGAAAAAUGAUAUCCGCAAUAUCAUGUUGGAAAUGAGACAGAUGUUCGCAGCUGAUGUGGACCUGCUACGCGCGGAAGUUCAGGCAGUGACAGCCCGGAUACAGGCCUCCGAGGAGGAUUUCACGGACGUGAGACAGGAGGUACAGGGUCCCAAAACUCUAUGCAGCAAACUGCACACCUCCCACGCUAUGAUGCUCACUAGGCUAGAUCUUGCAGAAGAUCGCAACCGGAGAGUUGAUCUAAAGAUAAAAAGGGUCCCUGACGACAUCAGCCCGGUGGAACUACCCCACUACCUCCGGUGCCUGUUAACCACUAUCUUGCUGCACGCACAGGCCAAAAAGCUAACGUUUGAUACCUGCUUUCGGGUCAACAAGCCUGCACAGGCACCAUCUAGAGCCACCCGAUCUCCGACAAAAAACGCAUAAUGACAGCGGUGAGAAACCAACUCCGCUCGACUUCGUCAUCCCGUAUCACAUUCUUACAGGAUUUAACCAGAAACACACUGCAAUGGAGAAGGUCCUUAGGCCCGAUCACCAAUCAACUACUUACAGCUGGAGUGGAGUAUAGAUGGGGCAUACCUAGCACUCUGAUGGUGGUUAAAAAUGGUGCCAUACUUCAAAUCACCUCUCUGACACAAGCUGCCUCCUUUCUGCAAGCUCUGGGACUCCCACCGCAACUGGCGACCACAGCGGAACCCACCAAGCAACAUACGUGGGACCCUGCAAAGACUGUCCCGUUCGCACCACGUAGAGGAGAAAGGCUAAGGGCACCUUACUGAAUGCCCAUAUAAUAUCAUUGUGACAGAUCACCCUGUCCCUGGAUUGUAACUCCCUUUAUUUCAUUCCCCUAUGAGUUCGGGACAUUGCCUUCUCCUUAAUUUUAUUUUUAAUUCAUUCUCCUACCGAACAAACUACCGAAUGACCAGACCAACCAUAUAUGGCGUGUGCCACUCAUUAACCUCUAUCACUUCUUUAACACUUCUAAAACCGCAAGCGUUCUAAGCAGUUGGCUGGGUGGUCGUCGUUCGGUAUACGAACAUGUCCCGGCGGCCAUCUUUAGCUGUGUUUGGUUGUCGAGUGCAUGGAACUAUAAUCGGACACUCAAUGGCGUGAACACCGCUGGGACUUCCAUAGCUACUUAUGUUCGGCUGGAUUCGUAUGAGAAGAGCAGCACUCGGUGGGAACAAGCUCCCGAACCAGAAAUAUAGACUGAGCAGACCCACGAACCAGUACAUUCGGUAUUUUGAGUGUAUUUAUUAUGUAUUCCUGAAAGAGACCGACUACACAACCUGAUUUCAUGGAACUCUUUUGGGCAGGAGCCUCGUGUGCGGUUGGUCAAAAUGUGACUUCCAUAAAAUCUCGAACCCCUGAACCGAUCUGGUGGUUUUUGGAUAUGUUGGUCCCCCAGAUCGGGGCUAUCAGGUGAUAUAACUUUUGCGGGUUUUCCAUGGGUUUUGAGGGUACUUUCGGGGUAAUGCUAAAAUAUAUGUUCUCUGGGUCUGGGGAUAAUUGAGUUAAUACAGUAUAUGACUCAAUUAUCUUCCAGGCACAGGGGAGAGAUUAUCUUAUUCUGUAUGGGAGUGUCCUGGACCUGAGAGCCAAUGUAACUGUGUAUUUGUUUCUACUGUAGUCUAUUCCGUAGAGGGGAGUGCCACAUGCAUGGGGAUUGACAUAAAAGAAGGGGGAAAAUAACUUCUCCGGUGACGGAACCCCUCUUCCCAUCGGGGUGGCCGCCACAAUCAUAAUAUCAGGGCAUGCCCUAGCUUUUUCCUCUUAUGCCACUAAAUUUAGGAGGCAUAGGAGUUGUUUCUUCCCAAACCUAUUCCUAUACAAAAUUGUGCAAAAGAGUUUACCUUUUAAGGUUCCUAAAAUCUAUUGCACUUGCAUUCACUCCAUAGCUUGAGUACAGUUACUCAGUAAAUUGACACCAAAUGGAUUAUAUAUAAAAAAUUUAUAUACAAGUGUCUUCUGAUACACAAUUUUUUUAUGCAUUAACCUGUUUUGGUUAUUUUUAUCUUUUUUUGUUUCCUGAUUAUUUUACCAUUGGUUGCAUUCCCAAAAUGAGACAAGAGCUUAAUAUUACUAGGAAAUAAAGGAUGCAUUUGCCACCUCAAGGAAAUUUGUAUUCCAUAAACAAAAGGAAGACCUGUCUCAGAAAAUUAAAAUAACACUUCACUGAAUUUUUUUUCCCUCGAUAAUUUAGUUGAUAUACCCCUAGAGAAUACCUGCAUGUAUUUUUGUUAGUAUGUUUUCUUUGGUGGUAUAUAAAAAAAAAAGCUUACAAAAGUUGCAUAGCAGAUGUCUGCAGCCUUCGCCAGCCUUUCUUUCCCAGACUCAGACAGGGAAUACUCCAAUCAGAGGCUUUCCUAUACGGGUUUCCUAAGCUUCUCAGUGAACUGCUCAUUGAAAAGGGGGAGGCAGCCAUGCUCUAACUUAGCGCGCCUAACACUGUUGGAAGCAUCAGAAAAUCUUGCUGGAUGUCUGAGUUACAGCCACGGAGGUGUUUCAGCCCCCGGUUUUAAAAGUGCAGAUAUCUAUUGAGAUUCAAACUUGUCUAAAAUUGUCACAAAAAUCACAGAUUCCAGACACUUAAAGCACUUCAGCUUGCUGAAGUACCUUAUGUGUUUUUUGUGUUCAUUUAAUCACUAUGUGGUAUACAUUUUGUCAAACAAAGUCUCACUCUUGCACUGCUGUUUUAGACAUCAACAGCGCCACCAUUUAAAUUGUCAAAAAAGAGGCACAGGGCAAAACUUUUGGGAAAGGUGUAAACAGGAAAAAUGUCACGCAGGCAAAAGAAAAUAUCGGAAAUUGCAACAGAAUUUUGGUCUGAUAACAGCCAAGCCACUUUUAAAACAUUUUUAAAGCUCCCAUGAGCUUAUGCACAGCAUGGCCCACAGUUUUGUGAAUCAGGCUUUGUGUUGUGGCUUGUAUUGUGUUGUUCAGAGCCUCCAUCUACAUGUGUCUUUGCUUUCUAUCUAGGUAGGAAACAAAAAGAAUUACCCCUACUUGUGCAUGUGGCAUGCAAUUUGUAAAAAAAAUGAUAUGGACAGCCCAUAACAUAGAGUUCUGCUUUCCUGCUUUUAAAGUUUUUCAUUGCAAACCCAAGCUAAAUUUAAAGUAAGUGACUAACCCCAUUGUCUGUCUGGCAUAUCUCUCAGUUUAGUGGUUCAGGACCUAGAUUUGUUUAACCACUAAACUGAGAACUGUCUGCUUUCGCACCUUCAGUGUUCAUUUUUUGUUGACUAACAAUUUUAGUCAAAUUUUAGUCGUCUAAAAUUUUUGAGAUUUAGUUGACUAAACUAGACUAAAACUAAAACAAUUCAGAUGACUAAAAUACGACUAAAACUAAAAUGGCUUUUUAGUCAAAAGACUAUGACUGACUAAAGCUAAAUUGAAAUUUUCUUGCCAAAAUUAACACUGCGCACCUUCCAGCAUUUCAGACUGCAUCUGGCUGGAAGGUCUGCUUGGUUUAAACAGAUAAAUACUACUUUCUAAAUACAGUUUCUAGCGUUUAACCCCUUAAGGAUGGAGGCAAUUGUACACUUUCAUAUUACCCCCACUUAUUAUAUAUAAUUUUGUUCAGGAGAAACAGGGCUUUCAUUUCACAUACAUUGUUUUAAUCUGAAACAUAAUGUUAUAUGAAUAAAAACAAAAAAAAAGUGUGAGAUAUUAAGAAAUGUUAUUUUCUUAGUUCUGCGCUGCAUUUUAACUGUGAAUGUCCUAAUACUGUUAGCUUUCACUGCAACAAAAUACACAUAUUUGUGUUGAGCUAUGUCUCACAAGUACAAGAGUUGCCUUUGAGACCGUAUGGCAGCCCAGGAAGGAAUUACCCCGAUCAUGACAUACCAUUUGAAGAAUUAGACAACACAUGGUAUUCAAAAUGGAGUAUGUACUUUCUUUUUAGUAGUCACAAACCCUGGCCAAAGUUAAAAACGUAAUGUUUAUAUUUGUUUUUUGCAUUUGUAACACAAAAAAAGUAUGUUUACUGUUUUAAAACAAUCAUAUCAUGAUCCUAGAGCUCCCGAUAAUAACAGCUAAAACCGGCAAUACUGCCUAUAUCACUGGAACUGUUUUGGGAGACCCCCCUUGUCACCAAGAAUAAGAUGGGACGCAAAAUCAAAAAGCUCAGACCAGACAAGCCCAUUCCGGGGCUUACAAUCAGCAAUCUGUGGUGGCAAGCACAUGGUGCAACUGGGCUCAAGAUGGCCACCAUCUCGGGAGGCUGCUCAGAUUUUUCCAACGACAACUCAUUUGGAGCCGAAGAGGAGUACCCACUGGCACCAGACAGACCCCAACGGAGAGAAGAGGGCCCAGACACAGUCUGGUGACAAAAUCAAUACUACAGGAGAUGCUGGCCAAACUCCAGCGAAAUAUCUCGGCGGACAUAACAACAAUCCGCAGGGACCUCCUGGGCCUUACAGGCCGCGUUGGGACGCUUGAAGUCACUACAACCAAGAGCGCCCAACACAUAAAGUUGCUCCAGCAAGCAGUGCAGGAACUACAGAACCAAAACCAGCUCCAUGAGCGCCGGUUCGCUGCCCAGGAAGACUCCAGGUGCGUGCACUAUCGGAGGAGUUCCCUGACGCGGAACUGCCACACUUGGUGAGGCGCUUGGUGGGGACCUUACUACAACCCCGACAGGCUAAAGCAGUGGUGAUAGAAGGACAAUUCUGCAUGCCCAAAACCCCAAACACACCCUCCAGGGAGCUGGUGGUCCGCUUCAGAAACGGAUUAGAAAAAAACAAUGGUCCUGGCGGCACUAAGGGGAAACUCACCUUACCACUUCAAGAAUAUGCCCCUCACCUUCUACGCUGACCUCUUGGGAGGUACCUUAGCUUGGAGGAACUCGCUCAGGUCGGUCACCACGUUCCUGCAACGGAACAAUACCCACUAUCAAUGGAAGCUCUCCCGCACAUUAAUAGUGCAUCAAGGGGACACUCGACAUGCUAUUCACAACCUUCAAGAGGCUUCCGGACUGUUGCCAACCCUUGGAAUACCUCUAGAUGCACUCAAUCGAGACAAACAGUCUGCGACACCUCAACACUCUCACUCCUGGGACCCUGCGAGCAUCCCCCCUUUUGUCCCACAACAGCACAUCUCUGAUUCGUAUGCAGCUACCACCACUUAUUUACUGUACGCUAACAUGUUUUGAUUUGUGUUCCCUUUAUUUUAACGUUUUAACAAACCCACACUGUUAAAUGUUUACUUACUUAGUGUUGCACACCGACGACCCCGAGCAGCGGUAUUACUGUCCAAUCACAUACAGACCGAUGGGUCAUAGACCGAUCGCUCCAGGUCCUAUCAGUCACACACAGAACCUCGGGUAGGGCAGUUGAGGUGCACUCUUGGCUCCCUCGACUGGUAAAUCCAGGACACGCUUCAACAGCACCACUGUCUUUAUACUCCAAGGAGCAUACACAUAUGACUCCUAGCCCAAUACUAAACAAAGAAGGAGUUCCCUAGACAUAAUAUACCCUGAUAGAGACCUAGUCCAACAUAUAUGGCGAGCCCCUUAACUCGGAGGGACAGGUCCGGAGGUAGGGUUGCUCCCUAGGAAGAGCUCCACACUUCCCUAUUAGCAAUCUCUCCAGCAACAUAACAUUACUUACCAGUUUAGCCGAUCUGAAGUACACGACCCAACAGGCGGUGCUUCCUUGCCUGAAAGUGUUACACUACAAAACCCCCUACCCCUUAGCUAGAUAAAAAGCAAGAUUCAAAUACUUUUAUCAUUUAAACAAGAUAGUCUAUUAGAGACUUGGGUACCUUUUGACUCCGGAAGAGGCUGACCCUCACACUGCAUUUAUGUUCUACCUAGGUUAUUUUUAUGUGAUCUUAACGUUGUUUUUCUUUCUAUACAAACUUUUGUCAUGGGAAUGAUUGUAUAAUUGGUUACCUUGCCAAGAUAUUUCCAUGAUGCUUACUGUACAGCUUGCAAUGUUAGAAACAGCGCAGCAUAUUAGUUUGCAUUUAGCAUGCCGAGCCUGUCCUCUAACUGCAUCACCUGCUUUAACCUCGCAGGCCAAGCGAGCUGAACGAGCAUUUUUACUUUUCUUUAUUUAAUUUUCUUCUCAGCCACAAGAUGCCCCUAUUAUCUUAAUCUGUGAGCCUUACUUGAUCUAAUGAAAAAGUGAAGCUUAAAGGACCACUUUAGUGCCAGGAAAACAAACUUGUUUUCCUGGCUCUAUAGGGUCUUUAGGUCCCCCCCACCCUCAGGCUCCCUCUUCCGCCAGGCUGAAGGGGGAGGAAGGGGUUAAAUGCUUACCUUUCUCGGCGCUGGGUACUCUCCUCCCUCUUCCGACGUCAUCCUCCGAAUGCGCAUGCGCGGCAAAAGCCGCGCGCGCAUUCAAUCAGUCCAUUGGAAAGCAUUUCUCAAUGCUUUCCUAUGGACGUCAGCGCACAGUGAGAAGCGCGGAAGCGCCUCUAGCGGCUUUCAAUGAGACAGCCACUAGAGGCAGGAUUAACCCUAUUGUAAACAUAGCACUGCUAUGUUUACAGCUGCAGGGUUAACCCUAGAUGGACCUGGCACCCAGACCACUUCAUUGAGCUGAAGUGGUCUGGGUGCCUAUAGUGGUCCAUUAUUAUUUCCAAGGAGGCGAACUCCUAUUAUGCUAACCGCUUAGCGGGUGAGCUAUCACACCAGUAAGUACACUAGUAUGUGCUUUCACUACUGCAAGGGAUUCUGGGUAGGCAUAUGCAAAUGAGCUCAACAAAGAACAUAAUUUUGCCUCAUAAUCCACUUCAUACAUGGAUUCCUUUGAGUAUGUCUGCUGUAUACAACAGCUUUGAAACACAACUCCGGAAGAGGCGCAAAGCCAGUGAACCACUCAUGGACAGCUGUUUCAUUGUUAAUGCAAAUCACCAGCAUGAGGUUGGUUACUGGCUUGCUAUGGAGGCUUGGCGUUACUUGUAAAGUACAUAUCAAAAGAGUUGUGGUUGGGGAAAAAAGUGUGGAUGAAAACCCCUUCCAACUGAAGUAAGUGGAUAGUUAAUACAUCACUAAACACAAAUACACACACCAGUCAAGCCAUAAGACUUGCUUUUCCCACAGGCUGAUGAGUUGCAUUAACAAUGAAACAGCUGUCCAUGAGUGGUUCACUAGCUUUGCUCCUCAGACACAGACUCCAAGGAAUCCAUGUAUAAAGUGGAAUUAUGAGGAAAAAUGUGGUUCUUUGUUGAGCUCAUUUGCAUACGCCCACCCAGAAUCCCUUGCAGUAGUAAGAGCACUGUUAAAUUGAAAUUUCUGUGGGAAAAGGAAGUCUUAUGGCUUGACUGGUGUGUGUAUUUGUGUUUAGCAAUGCAUUAUAUAUAUAUAUAUAUAUAUAUAUAUAUAUAUCUCACAGACACACAUUUAAAGUCUACCUGUACAUUUAUGUAAGUAUAUACGUAUAUAUAUAAAAAAUUAUUUUCUCACCCCUCCUGGGUGGUAUGUUUAUUCCUCAUUCUUGGGUCCUCUACUAGAGGCCUGGGAGAACUGCACUCUUCUGACAGCAUUCUUAGGUGUUCCUGGUAUCUGUUGAAGCCACUUCCCCAACUUAGGAGUCACAGACCUGAGUACUCCUGUCACAACUGGGACUACUACUGCCUUUACUUUCCACAUCCUUUCUAGCUCUUCUUUCAGUAUUUGGUAUUUGUCCAUCUUCUCAUGUUCAUUCUUCCUGAUGUUAUACACUGGGUAUUUCCACAUCCACCACAACUGCAGUCGUCCAUUCCGUGAAAUGUGGCAUAUACCAAGGUGAUGCACUAUCUCCGAUGCUGUUCUGACUAGGCCUCAACACCCUUAGCCAUAUCAUCAAGAAGAGUGGAUAUGGAGACAGGUUCGAGAGUGGGGCCACCAUCAGCCAUCUACACUACAUUGACAACAUCAGGCUGUAUGCCAAGAAUAAGCAAGACAUUGACUCACUGCCCCACCUAACCAAGAUAUACAGCAAGGACAUCAGAAUGUUGUUCAGACUAGAGAAGUGUGGGCGGAUGAUAACAAAAAGAGGGAAGAUGAUCAGGACAGAAGGAGUUCAAGUAUCAGAAAGCCAAAUAAAAGAUGUAGAGAGCAUCUACAAAUGCCCGGGAGUACCACAAACACAUGGCAACCAUGAGGAAGAGGCAAGGUACUUCCAACGAGUCAGACAGGCACUGAAGUCCCAGCUCAAUGGUAAGAACAAGAUCCAAGCAAUCAACACAUAUGUCAUGCCAGUCAUCAGGUACCCAUCUGGAAAAAUAACCUGGCCAAAGAAAAACUGCUCACCAUGGAUGUCAAGACCAGGAAACUACUCACUAUGAACAGAGGAUUCCACCUGAAAUCCAGCAACCAGAGACUGUACACCAGCCGGAAGGAAGAAGGUUGGGGUCUGAUGAGUGUCAAGGCCACAGUCCUUGAUGAAACACAGAGCAUCCAUAAGUACAUGAUGAAGAUGGCUCCCAAAGAUGAAUUGCUAGGGGAAUGCCUGAGACAACGACAGCUAGAAGAUGCAGAAAAAGGAGGUCCCAUGGCAAGACAAACCUCUCUAUGGGGUGUAUCACUGGCAGAUAGUGGAUGUGGUUCACAUGACAAAAUCCUACUAGUGGUUGGAAAAGGUAGGACUGAAAGACAGCACUGAGGCACUAAUCCUAGCAGAACAGGAAAACCCACUCAGCAUCAGAUCAAUUGAAGAGGGGGUGUCUACCACACCAACCAAGACCCAAGGUGCAGACUGUGCAAAGAGGCCUCUGAGACAAUCCAGCACAUAGUAGCUGGAUGCAAGAUGUUAGCAGGAACAGCAUACAUGGAGAGACACAACCAAAUUGCUGGGAUUAUGUACCGAAACAUCUAUACAGAAUAUAGGCUGGACCUGCCUAAGUCCAGAUGGGAGAUACCACAAAGGUAAAUUUAGAAUGACAAGACUAAGAUCCUGGGGGAAUUCCAGGUACAGACAAGCAAGUGCUGGCCAACCUGACAUCAUGGUGGUAGAAAUGUUCACGUGUAUUAUUGUCCUGGAAUUGGCUUCUAGAGUUGUUUUUCCCUUGUCUACCGAGUUCUUGAAGAAAACUCUUAUUGUCUUGUUGACCUUGUAUAUACCCAAGCAUUCCAGUAUCCAUGUGUGUGGCAUUGUGUCAUAGGCUUUCUUGUAGUCAAUCUAGGCUGUGCACAGAUUGGUCUGUCUGGUCUUAGAAUCCCUUGUGACUACUUGGUUUACCAGUAGUUGAGUAGUUGACCCUCUGGUGUUGUUUCCAAUCCCCAUCAAUUUUGGAGGCUAUGAUGCCUGACAGGAGCUUCCAAGUUGUGGGGAGGCAGGUAAUUGGUUGGUAGUUGGAUGGUGUUGUACCCUUAUGAGUAUCCUUCAUGACCAGCAUUGUUCUGCCUUGUGUUAGCCAGUCAGGGUGGGAGCCUGUUGCUAGUAGCUGCUUCAUUUGAGCUGCUAGGCGUUCAUGCAGCGUUAUUAACUUCUUUAUCCAGUAGGUGUGGAUCAUGUCAGCUCCUGGGGCUGACUAAUUCUUCAUGUGUGCUACUCGUUGUUGGAUAUCUUUGACUGUGAUGGUGACUGGUUCCUGUUCUGGCAGCAUGAAGUGGUCUACUUUCAGAUCUAGUAGCCACUGGGCCCCGGUGUUAUGAGAUGCUUCUUUCUCCCAGAUAUUAUUUAUUUAUUUUUUAUUGCCAUUUAUAUAGCGCCAACAGAUUCCGUAGUGGUUUACAAUAUUCUUCCAGUACUGUUCAGUCUCUGUUCUGGUGGGUCUUGGGUGGCGAUGUGGUGGCUAUUCUGCUGCUGUGCAUACACCUUGAAUGGUUCUUUGGUAAAGAGGACAUUGAUUCUCUUAGCCUCUGCUUCUAUAAUGUAUCUGCUCAGUCUGGUUGCCACUGCUGUCAGUCUUUGCUUAGCACUUUUCAGCGCCUCUGGUGUGGGCAUAUCCUUGUACUCCCGCAGUAGCCAGGAUCUAUCCUUGAUCUUUUCACCUAUGUGAAGUUGAUCCAGCUUACUAGUCUCCUUCCAUGUUAUCUUUAUCUUCGCUUCUAGUCGUAGUCUCGAUGGUGGGCAUUGCUUCUCUUUGAGCCUGAUCUUGUAGUCAAGCAGCUGGAGGACCAUUAAUGCUGUGGCAUAUAUAAGCCUGUUGGUGUUUGUGAUGGUGCAGAUUGGGAUUGUGGACAGUGCACCGUUUACUGCAGCUAGCAUGCUGCCUGGUGGCAGUUUUCCAGUGAUCUUUGGUAGUCUUGUCCGCUGAUUUUUCCAUGAUCAUUUUUUUUUUUAAUAUCUGUUAUGUUAUCUUGGGGCAGGGAUUCAGGUUGGCAAUUCUCUGCACGUUUCAUGUAGCCCCUCUUAUUGAGUCUGCUGUUGUAGUAGCAUUGAAGCAGGUCUAGGUUCUCGCUUUCCUGUCCAGGAAUGAUUUGUUCCAGUAGCCCCAGUAUAUAUAUAUUUGUUUGCAUAUGUAUAAUUUCAUACAUAAUACUGAGAAGGUAAGUAUCUUGAGAGCUCCAGGGCUCUAAGCCAUUACAGCGUUGAUGCAUUUAUACGUUUUGGAUAUUUCUGUGAAUUAUGUUGUUUUGGAGUUCAGUGAUCCACUCAUACACACCCCACAUUACCAUAUUCCCAAAGUUAGAAGCACUGCAAGCAGCACAGGAUUGAGUUAGAUUAGAAAGGUCAUGUCAAUGUUAACAAUGCACAUCACUAAUGAUGCAAUUAGCGUAGGCCAUCCUUUGAAAUUGGCAUAACAGCAAGGCAUGCAUGUGUGCAAACCUGGAUGGCAGCUGUGCUGGCCAUUUGGCCAUCAGGGUAAGCCAUGAGCUGUGCACUUCUGAGGUUUGUGGUGUGUGCAUUACUGUUGGUUUAUUGUUAUGGUCUGUCAUAUACAAUGAGUAUUGGUGAUACUGUUUGGCACCCGCAGUUCUUAUGAUAUGAUAUGCUAUUCAAAAGCAGGAGUUCAUACUUCUGCAUUAGCAUAUCAAUGUGUACCAACUUUGGAUAUUAUUUAUUGGUUGAGAAUAUUAGCUGAGAAAGCUCUUUGUCACUGAAUAAUAUCCAAUGUUGAUAUGCUAAUAAAGAAAUAUAACUGUAUACCUUGGUAAGUGUCAAACCGUUUGUAAAUGGUUUGGCAGCUUGGACUGGGAUGGAACCAUGGGCUGGGGGCAUCAUAACCACUACAGCAAACUGUAGUGUUUUAGAUUCUUAUAUGGUGCAUUUUAGGGUUAAUGCCUCUCUGUUUUUUAUUUUCUGUUAAAAAAUUUUUAAAAUGUAUGUCAUUUUAUGCAUUUCACUUUUCAGUGUUUCAACAUUCACUGCCUUGGCGAAGAGUUAUACAUUUCCUUACAAUGCCAUACCUGGGUUCAGAAGAUGCUGUCAAAGACCUGAAGAGAGCCCUUUCCAAUACACACAUCCAGGCAGAUAGACUGAGAUACAGGAAUGUCAUUCACAAAGUUAUACGGUAAGGAACAUCCUAUUUAUGUCACAAUGUUGAUAAUAAUUUGCAAUUGGCUUUAGACUGAUUUGCUUUUAAUAAAUGGCUAUUUUGUAAAGAUAUGUACAUUUUCCACUUGGGAAAAUGUUAUAAAGAAAACUGCAUUUUGGUAGCCAAAGCUGCUGAUUUCUGUUAAAAGUUUUUCAUGUCAGCAUUGUAGUAAUUGGAGCGCAACUUGCUAAAUCAUAAAGCAAUUUGUGGAGCACAGGCUGCUUGAUUAGUAUAUCAGCUGACCCUUUACAGCAGACAUAGGAAACCUUUGGUGCUCCGGAUGUGCUCCCAUAAUACUGUUACAGCCGUAAUGCCGACAAGGCAUCAGGGGAGAUGUAGUCCACAAUAUUUGGAGUGCUGAAGGUUGCCUCCCCCCGCUUUACAGUGUCCCUUUAAUCCACCUCUUGCUUGUGUCAAUCAGCCAACUGGGAAUGAGAGUUCCGUUUAGACUUGGCAAUUUUAUACAUGUUUUGCAUGCAGUGUCUGCAAGCACACCUUGGGCUGAGUUCUCACUACUUCCAAGAGAGAGCCAAGCUGCAGACCAUGCACAGGCAGACUGAACCGAGCGCUGUGUAAAUUAAUAGUGGAAUUGCUUUUAAAAGUACAUUACUAAUCCCAUAAACCAGUGUUCACAUUUAAAGACUAAACCAAUAAAUACACAGGUGAGGAUGGUGCACAGUUUGAGCAUAUACUGUUUAUUAAAUAUUUUAGUAGAUAUUUAUUUACACUUGUUAUGUUGAAAAUAUAACUAUAUGUUACCAUUGUCACAAGGAUCCUUAUUGAUACUUAUUCACUCUAAGUUCAAUGUGAUGGAACUUGUUUCCACUAUUUAAUUACUGUCCGGUUUAUUAACUAAAAUAAGAACAAAAACAAACCAAUUUAACUAAAUGGCAGAGGAUUGAGCAGUGAGUCUGCAGGGUCAUGAUCUGUACACCAAAACUGCCUCAUUAAGCUAAAGUUGUGUUGAUGACUAUAGUGUCCUUUUAAGUUUAACAGACAAAAGUGUGUCACUUUUGUUUCUAAAUAAAUGUUAGGAGGUAUGUUUUUUUUACGAUACACAGAGAAAGAUAUAAUAAUCAUAAUUUUUUAUUGUUCAUUUACUUUAACUUAUCAAAAAACUACUAAUGUUACCUUUAAAAUAUUUACUUAGUAGCCAAUGUUUGCUGUAUAAAAAAAGCCCUUAAAAAUCGUCUUUUGUUUUUUUCCGUCAGACAUAUGACUCAAGGAGUGGAUGUUUCAAGCGUUUUCAUGGAGAUGGUGAAAGCCAGUGUCACUGUAGACAUUGUCCAAAAAAAGCUGGUUUACUUAUAUAUGUGCACAUAUGCAGCCCUCAAACCUGAUUUGGCAUUGUUGGCAAUCAAUACCCUUUGUAAGGACUGUUCAGAUCCUAAUCCAAUGGUGAGAGGACUUGCUCUACGAAGCAUGUGCAACCUAAGGUCAGUAUUAAUAUUCUUGUAAUCUGUUUCUUGUAUAUGGAUAUCCCCACAAAGGCACUUAAUACAGUUAGAUUGUAACCAAAGCUUAUUCAUAGAUUUUACAGUGAUACGACUUAAUGAUACUCAUGUUAUCAAUGUCACCAGGUAAAGAAUAUUUCAUCCUGUAGUUUAAAGGGAAAUGCAUCACUGUUAGAUAACUGUCUAAUUCAAAAGUUUUAGCUUUGAAUGAGAGAGAGAUGCCUCUCUGCAGGCUGCAAAAAUCAUGUAUAGACCAAAUUUAAAUUAAUUUUGUAAAUGUUUAUCACAUACUUUUAAACGUUUUUCCUGGUUUAUUUUUGUGUGUAUAUUUGUUUAAGUGAUUGCACAAAGGUGUGUUGAAGAAGUCCUACACCACACUAACAAUUGACGCCUGUUUAAACUGUUUACCAGCUGUUCACAUGUUGUUUUAGGGGAUGCUCCACUGCCCAAAGUAAAAAAAUAUAAAUAUAUAGCAUCCAAGUAGAGAGCACUCUGGAGUCUUCGUUUUAUAUCAAAAUAAAUACUGCUUUAUUGUGCAGAAUACAAAAAUGUCGACGUUGAGGUCUUGAGAAAAGUCUAUUGUGACUGAAACGUCGACAUUUUUGUAUUCUGCACAAUAAAGCAGUAUUUAUUUUGAUAUAAAACGAAGACUCCAGAGUGCUCUCUACUUGGAUGCUAUAUAUUGGUCAGAGAUUACUUGCACCGGAGCAUGGAAAAGACCGGGAACAUUGAGUGCUGGGACCUGGGAAAAAAUAUAUAUAUAUCAUGCAUUUAUUUAUUUAUUCAUACAGUUUUACAUUGGGGUAUAUCUAAAUACAGUUUUACAAAAAGCUGCAGAGCUCUUUUAUAAAGCUUUUGAAAAGCACUCCCCAGACUUUCAGGAUGUCCAAUCACAGACUUUCCAAUGCCGUUCAAUGAGAAGUAAGGCAGGUGCUCUGGGCAAUUGCUGCCUCUUGAGUUUAGCUCCACUGAGCUACCCAAACCAGGAAGUAACAGGACCGGUUGUCUGACAACCAUGGAGUUAUAACCAGGUUAUUUUAUAAAAGUGCCAAUUUAUAUUGAAAUCUGCACUUGUAAAAUGAGAAAAUGUUUAAAAAUCUGCAGUCAUGUUGCCAUUGUAAAGUGUGCAAAAUGAACAAAGAUGACAGGUCAGCUAUAAAUAUGAUCUAAAAAUAAAAAAACAACAGAGCCAGAAUCUAAAGAAAUAUCCAGGAGCUGAUCUUAGAAAUGUGUAUAUAUGUUACAGUUAAAGUGCAGAAAUCAGUUAAUGUGCACAUUACCUAGUUAAUGUGCACAUUAACUAGGGCGAUCAGUUAAAGUGCAGAAAAUUACCAGAUUUUACUAAUUUCAUGACGUAAAGUCAUGAUUUUAUAAAGGACACGGAGGCGAAUAUUAUGCUUAUCUCUUUCUUUAAUAUACCUCAGCAGCAAAGAAAAAAGUUAUAAGACAUUAAGAGAACAAACUAGAAUAGGUAUUCCAAGGGUUAACAUAGUAUGUUAUCCUUAACCAAUAGGAACAAUCCAUGCAUCUAUAACCACCCAUGUGACCUCUCUUCUCCCUCUUUCUUUGAUUCUGCCAAAGCUUAACUUCAUCCACUUGCGUAGACACUGGAACCAUAACAGUUGUCGAUUUCGUCUUCAUAACCAAACAAUGAACUUUAACCAAUAGAACUGAGAUGAAAUCCGAUCAUCCAUUGCAUCUCCUGUAAUUCAUUAGGCUGAAAGGAGAGAGAAAAGAAAUGGUAAUAUGUGGUCUAGAGACUGUGUGUCACAUGCAAAAGGGUUAAUUCCUAUUAUACAUGAAACUUAUACAGACCAUCUGACCUGUUGUAGGGUUUACAGGUUUAUGUCUCUAUCCUGCUCAUUCACUACCUUCUAUACCAACCUCACCAUCUUUACCCUAGCAAUACAACUACUGGGUGGGAAUUCAGGUCUUUUCUCGUUAUUCUGGUAACAAUUCGCGAUACUUACCAUAUCAACUUCGCGAUACUUACCGGGUGGGCUAAUAUUCGCCUCCGUGUCCUUUAUAAAAUCAUGACUUUACGUCAUGAAAUUAGUAAAAUCUGGUAAUUUUAUUAAAGGACACGGAGGCUCAUUAUGCUAGUUCAAAGCUGAGCAAUGACUGACGAUGUUAUGUGUUCUGUAGGGCGAAAAUAGAAUUCUUUAAACGUGGAUUCUCUAGACCAGUCCGCUGUUCGCAACAGGUCUUCCAAUCUGCAUCCCAAAUUAAAUACUUUAGUCGCCAUAGCUCCUCUAGUGGAGUGUGCUCCAAACAUGGAUGUAUCAAUAUUUGCGGAGGCCAUCACCCAUUUCACCCAUCGGGCUAUAGAAACCGACGAUACUGGGUGAUGUGGUGUGUUGAUAGCCAGGAAUAGGUCAUGCCGGCUAGGGUCCCGAAAUACCUGUGUCCGUUUCACAUACUCUUUAAGACAAGCUAUUGGACAUAGUUUUGUAUUGUGCGGAAAAGUUGGAUACGAUACUGUAGAAAUCGAUGUUUUUUGUCCGUCUGGUAAUGUUAAAAGUCACACCCGAUGGAGUGAACGAGCGUGCAUCCACAUCCAAUGCCCUCACAUCGGAUACUCUUUUGCAUGAUAUCAGGCAGAAGAGCAUGGCCAGUUUCGCUGAUAGCUGCUUAAGUGUGAGGUCCGAGUUCCGCGGCCAUUGUUCCAAUAAGCUUAAGACUAAGUUUACGUCCCACGUUGAUGUAUAUCUGGGUUGUGGGGGUCUGGCAAACCUCACCCCACGUAAUAGUCUGCACACCAAUAAGUGUUUCACUAUCGGUGCCCCUUCCCAGCCUUUAUGUCCGGCCGAUAUCGCUGACCUAUAGACAUUAAUAGUCCGGUAUGCUAAACCUUGAUCGUAUAAGUGCGACAGAAAGUGUAGUAGGUAGUUCACAGGAGCACAUACGGGAUCCACUUGUCGUUCCAAGCACCAACCAUUCCAGGCGUUCCAUGCCCGACUGUAAGAUCUCCUGGUUCCUGGGGCCCAGGCUCCUGCCAAUAAUUCCAGCGUUGACUGUGGAACCUCCGGUAUGAUCCAGGGUCCCCUGAGAGGAGCCAUGCUAACAGUCUGAGUUGUCCUUGCAUCAUCAGUGGAUGUGAGUUCCCCUCGGGAUCCGCCAAAAGGUGCGGGUCCUCGGGGAGUAGUCUGGGAAGAUCUAUAGACAUCUCCAUGAGGGAGGGGAACCAUGGUUAUCAGUACCAAAGUUGUCCGAGAGCGGUCGAGAUGUACUAACGUCCUUGCCAGCAGAGCAAAAGGAGGGAACGCAUACAGUCGCCUGUUCGGCCAUGUCUGGAGGAACGCGUCCGUAGCUAUUGCUUCCGGAUCUGGUCUCCAGCUGAAGAAUUCUGGCAGGUGCGUGUUCAAACGAGACGCAAACAGAUCCAUGUGCAGUGGGCCCCACAGUUCCUGUAAUCGCAGGAAUACUUCUCGAUUCAGGCACCAAUCGCUGGCGUCCCUUAGAUACCUGGAAUUCCAAUCCGCUACAAUGUUCGUGAGACCUGGGAUGUAUUCGGCUCGUACUGAGAUGUUGCAAUCCAGGCAAAAUUGCCAGAAUUCCGUGGCUAAGUCUGCUAGAACCUUGGAUCUUGUGCCGCCAAGGCGGUUGAUGUAUUGCACUGCUGAUAUGUUGUCCAUCUGUAAUAUGAUGGAGCAAUGUGUCUUGGCCCCUAAAAGGCUCUUCAGUGCGAAGGCUCCCGCCAUAAGUUCCAGGCUGUUGAUAUGCAGCGCCUUUUCUGCUUGGGACCAUCUUCCGCCUGCUGAAAUAUGACCACAACGCGCACCCCAGCCAUGUGUGCUGGCAUCGGAUUCUAUUAUGCAAUCUGGAGCGGUGCCAAAGAUCGCUCUGCCAUUCCACGCUUCCAUGUGUUGCAGCCACCACCUGAGUUCCUCUCUGGCUGUGUGAUCGAGUUGCACGGAGUCUGAAUAGGAUUGACCAGAUUGUAGUUGAGUGGCCUUCAAUCUCUGAAGGGCCCUGUAAUGCAGAGGUCCCGGAAGAUUGCUUGAAUGGACGCUGAAAGGAGUCCGAUUAUUCUGGCCAGCUGUCUCACCGUGAGCGUUGGGCGAGUUAGCGUUCUGCGUAUUUCCUUUUUUAUGCUUUUGAUCUUCGUCUGCGGUAAUUUCAGGGUACCCUGAACUGCUUCUAUAAUUAAUCUAUGGAUUGUGAGGGGGUCAACACCGACUUCUCCCAGUUGAUUAGAAAUCCUAGGUUGCGUAAAAGUGUUAUUGUCCAAGAUAGGUGCUGACGGAGUAGGCGUGCAUCCUGUGCCAUGAUCAAUAUAUCGUCCAAAUAAACGAUCAUGCGUACUCCUCUGCUGCGUAGCAGCACCACUACUGGUUUCAGUAGUUUCAUAAAACACCAUGGAGCUGAUGACAGGCCGAAAGGUAGGCAGCAAAACCUCCACAUCUGUGCUUUCCAUUGGAACUGCAGGAAGUGGUGACAAUCCUCCGCUAUGGGGAUGGCGAGAUAUGCAUCCUGCAGGUCUAGUUUGACCAUCCAGUCCCCUAGCCUGAGGAGGUCUCGCAGGCAAUGGGCCAUUUUGAAGUGGCGGUACUGUACAUACGCAUUGAGUGUUCGAAGGUUUAUCACUGGCCUCACUCCCCCGCCCUUUUUGGGGAUCAGAAACAAGUUGCUUAGAAGCCUGGAGAAUAGGGUGCGACUUGAUAAAUCACACCUUUCUCCCUUAAUGUUCUGAUUUACUUUGACACAAGUUCUCUGUCCUGUGGGGUAAACAGCAUCGGCCGGGGGACUGCAGUUUGGAUUGGGGUUUGGACAAAUUCUAUGCGGUACCCUACUACUGUGUUGAGAACCCAAGCAUCGGACGUGAGCCUGUUCCAUGCCCUUAUAAAAAGGGAUAGUCUGCCCCCCACAAAUGAUGUACAAGAAUGGGAAGCCGGGAAGGUACUCACCAUAAGGCCGUCGGCCGUAAGUGGCGCCCCUGCGUCCUCUGGAUUGCCAUGUCCUGCCCCUGACAGGGAAGAAGGGUGAGGGUUUUCUGGUUUCCACUUGUGGGAAUCUUUGUGUAGGGGAGCGUCGAUAGCCCCGAUAGGAGCUUCUUGAUGAACGGCUGGACAGACGGCCCCGUUGUCUGCCAGCCCCCCCAAAAACCUUUGGGGCGAACACACGCUUCAGGUUUGUUUGUGCCUUGUCCAGGGCCGUAAAUGUAUUCACAUAGUUGCCUAACUCUUUUACAAAAUUGUCUCCAAAAAGGAGGCCUUUUGCUUGCGGUCCAGGCUCCGACAUGGCCAUGUUGACCAGUUUAUGGUAAAUUUUCAUAAGAACUGCUUUUCGUCUUUCCGUACAAAGCGCAGCAUUGGAAUUGCCAAUAAGGCAAAUAGAGCGCGGUGCCCACUCUCGGAUAGCCAAGAGGUCCACUGGCGCGCCACCUGAAAGUGCUGCCUCGACCAUGUCGAAUAUUUUUGCGCUUGGGCCCAAUGAAUCAAGCACUUUAUCUUGGCAGUGGCGUAGGGAAUAAUCCAGCCCUUUCUUGGCCUUCCAGCCUGAUUUACCUAGAAAUUGGGCAAUUUUUGGGUCCAGUUCCGGUGUGGCACAAGCCAUAUCCGGGACCGUCGGGCGUGGGCAUUCUGCCCUCAACUUGUUCCUGGUGGCUUUGUCCAGGGGUUUCCUAAUUCUGGCCGCUAUAUAUUGGGCCACGUGGUCAGCAGGAAACCAUUCUGUCGACCUCGGGUGUUGGAGGUCGUCAGGAUUAAAUAGGGGCUCCCCUUGCGGAUCUAGGAUAACUGAAUCAUCCGCUGUCUCUUGGCCCCUGGUGGCUGGUUUGUCAGGUAAACUGCGCUACGGAGAAGAAUUCUCCGAUUCCAACGAGCCCAUCUCUUCUGGCUCGCUCAACACCUCCUCUUGGUCCGAAUCUGAGUCGGAUAUUUCUGUCUGGGCUUUAGCCCAUUUCCAUGCCCUCACCGUUUUUGCCCGGCGGGAGGCUCGCUUACGUGGGGGCCCCACGUCGGCCCCACGUCCUCAUCAGUGACAGGACGCAACCUGUCCGUAAAAAUAGUUUUGGAGGUUUGUUUGCCCAUAUGAUGGGUCUUUUCAGUAGCCUUGCGACCGCUGGGGGGGCAGGCUUGUCGUCUUGGGCCUUGGAGCGGAGGCCUUUGGGGUUGUGGCCAGAUGCCAUGAUAGCGUUGCUGAUGGAUUGGGUCAGGUUAUCUGACAUCGCCCCCAUCGCUGUGUAGAUGGCCUGAGUGACUGAUUUAGUCAUGGUCGCGUCGAGGAGGGAAUGGAACUCCUCCGAGUUCAGUUGCUCCACAGACGCUACCUCUUCCCCUUGAAGAGAAACUGGGAGUGGGGCUUGAGACCCACGGUGUGCGGUAUCCUUAUUGCCCGCAGCCAACAUGGCAAGCUCCUGGUCUUUGGGGUGCUGCAUUUUAUAUAUAUAUAUACUCUGCUCCAAUAUGUGGCACUAACUUAGGUGGCACAAUAAUCUUUGCACCCACUUAAAAUGCAAUCUAAAUAUAUCUGCUGAGCAGCAAAAAAUACUGCCUCUUUAAUACUAAUGAAAGCAGACAGUGUAAGAAUUGAAUUCUUGCAGACAGUUAAAACUGCUGCAAACUGAGGUGACAGGGCAAGGCACAAACAAGCUGUCAGCUUACCUAGUGUUCCCUCCGGAAUGACUGUAAAGGGGGCACUGGUAUGCUGACAGCUAAUGCCUUUGCCCAAUCCGCGCGCUCCCGCCCCUAAGUGGGUUGGGAGCGUCGGUUAAAAGCGCGGCAAAAUAUCCCCAGUGUGAGUGAAAAUGGCCGCCGCGCUAUGCGGCCACGACUGCGCAUGCGCGCGCGGCCACUCUCUACGAAAAUGUCCGCGCCGGCAAGGCCGCUUUAGAUAACAGCUGGGGAAGCCGACACCGAACGGAGUGCGGGUAAUAAACUACUCGGCGGGACAGGGGAGGGAGGGAGUGUUUCCCGGACCGGAGGAAAACACUAAUAGGGCGCUAGGGGCACCAGCCCUCAGUAAAUCCCAGGCCUGCUCUAUACCUAAAGAGAGCCCUGUCACAAGUUACUACCUCCCUGAAGACUGAAACUAUACAUGGAAAAUACCCAUAAUGUGAAAGUAUAAUAUAGAUACAUACAGCAAUAUCUAAAAUUCAUAAAUUACAACAGAAUUACCAAUAAUUAACUCAAUUAAAAGAGAGCUAAAUUGAGAUGAUACUUAGCUGAGACAGCAGCAAAGAAAGAGGGAGAAGAGAGGUCACAUGGGUGGUUAUAGAUGCAUGGACUGUUCCUAUUGGUUAAGGAUAACAUACUAUGUUAACCCGUGGAAUACCUAUUCUAGUUUGUUCUCUUAAUGUGUUAUAACUUUUUUCUUUGCUGCUGAGGUAUAUUAAAGAAAGAGAUAAGCAUAAUAUGAGCCUCCGUAUUCUUUAAUAAAAUUGUUUAAUUUCUCAAAGAUUUCUCACAUUACCUAGGUAAUCUGCACAUUACCUAGUUAAUCUGCACAUUACCUACUAGGCACUAGUUAAAGUGCAAAAUAAGAUCUUUUGCUGGAACAACAGCAACAUUUAAGAAGCAAGUUAGUACAAUCAAACGAGAAUCAAGUUAACCCAUUAAGGACACAUGACGGAAACAUUCCAUCAUGAUUCCCUUUUAUUUCUGAAGUUGUGUCCUUAAGGGGUUAACAUAAUAUUAUUUAUUUAGCAACAAAGAAGCAAGUUUCUGUUACAAAACUGCAAUAGAAAGAAUCAAACGAUUAAGGAAAUUAAUUUGCUAAACAAAGAUAUUAUAAAACUAUGCUUACUAAUUAGUGCAAUCUAAAGAUUGGCGACACUUUGAAUUACAUAGCAGUUGUUUUUUGCGACAAGCACAUCUAUUUGUGGUACAUUUUCGAUUUGCAGUCACAUUUUCUGAAACCCUGCCCAGUUCCCAAGGGAUUGUUUGAUUGCUGUUUGACGUAAAGAUAUUUCUACAGCAGGGACAUCUUCUUUCGUUAAAAAUCUCUCUUUGCAAACACUGAAUUCCGAUUUGGCAUACAAUUGUUUUUCAAAAUACCCGGUUUAGUACCAAGUUUAUAAAAGCCAUCCUCUGUUUUACUAAGAACUACAGCUAAAAAUCGAGCGGGCAUCAGUUUUUGCUCUGUCCACUUCAGGUACUUUAAUUCUCACAGUGACACCUUCGUUCUUUGCUUGCUUUUCUAAACCUUUCUAAACCACAUAGUCACAUACCUCCUCUUCAAAACAGUUAUCCCGAACUGGUAAGAAAUGAGGAGCCCCCCACAACCACAAGAGAGCGAGCGCCUUCCUGCACAUUAUGCAGCAACCACCCUGAAAUGAUCCAGCAGAUGCUCUCCACUGUUCUCAAUAUCAUCAUCAUAUUUGAAGGACUGUCGGAAUCAGUGGUCCAUGAGCAGACCUCUCCUUGGUCUCAUUCUCCUCAAUGCGAAGUAUUUCUCGGACUUACAGAGCAGCAUUGUUGUUAGUAGCCAGCCCCCUCUGUGAAGCAACAAGCCAUGCGUCUACGCUUUGAGAAUUCGAAUGGAGGGCAUUGAAAAGGAACUUGCUCACGAAAGAAUCUUUCUGCAUUUAGACGAGAAGUGAACAACUCUGCAGAGACUGCACUGAAAGGGUGAAAUAGGUUCUGCUGCGAGGACGUUUUGUAAUAAAUAAUUUCCUCUUUACCGAGCGAAAGAAACAAGAUUUUGCACUGAAAAAGGGUGAAACAGGUUUCUGCGAGGGCGUUUUGUAAUAAAUAAUUUCCUCUUUACCCAAGGGGAAAGAAACAAACAUGUUGCACUUUAACUAGACGGAAGCAGUUAAUGUGCACCUUACCUAACUAAAGUGUGGAAAACGCUUGAUUCCUCACUUUAACUGAGCAAAUCAGUUAAUCUGCAGAUUAACUAGGUAAUGUGCACAUUAACUGAUUUCUCACUUUAACUGUAACAUGUAUAUACAGUCAUGGGAAAAAAGUACACCCUCUUUGAAUUCUAUGGUUUUAGAAUUCAAGACAUAAUAACAUUCAUCUGUUCCUUGGCAGGUCUUAAAAUUAGGUAAAAACAACCUCAGAUGAACAGCAACACAUGGCAUAUUAGACCAUGUCAUGAUUUAUUUAACAAAAAUAAAGCCAAAUUGGAGAAGCCAUGUGUGAAAAACUAAGUACACGUUAUGAUUCAAUAGCUUGUAGAGCCAACUUUAGCAGCAAUACCUUUUUAAGUAAUCGUUUUAUGUAUGACUUUAUCAGUCUCUCGCAUCGUUGUGGUUUUUCUGGGUUUGUUCCCCUUACUUCCAGUAAAGGGAAAUUGUAAUACUUCAGCAUGCCAAGACAUUUUAGGCAAUGCUAUGUGGGAACAGUUUGGGGAAGGCCCUUUUUAAUUCCAGCAUGACUGUGCCCCAGUGUACAAAGCAAGGUCCAUAAAAACAUGGUUGGAUGAGUUUAGUUUGGAAGAACUUGACUGGCUCGCACAUAGCUCCAACCUCGAUCCCAUUGUACACAUUUGGGAUGUACUGUAACAAAGGUUGCAAACUAGGCCUUCUGUAUAACAUUACUGCCUGACCUCACAAAUGGUUUACUAGCGGAAUGGGCAAAAAAUCCCACAGAAACAUUCCAAGAUCUUGUGGAAAGCCAGCUGCAAAGAAGGGACCAGCUACAUAUUUAUGUCUAUGUAUUUAGAAUGCAAUGCCAUAAAAGUCCCUGUUGGUGUAAAGGUCAGGUAUCCAAAUCCCUUUGUCCACACAGUGAAUGAAUGAAUAUAUAUAUAUAUAUAUAUGUGUGUGUGUGUCCAGCCUGCCCACUUUUCUUUUGCUAGCUUUUUGGAUUCUUUUGUUUAUAAGCAUAAUUCUGCGAUUGGAUCCUCAAUUUUAUAUUUACAUUAUAUGGUUUUGUUAGUUGUGCAGUGUAAUAUUGUAAUUGUGACAUAAUGUUUUUUAUAGCUGCUUCUCCAAACAUAGGCACUUAGUAUCCUACAGGAUGAUUUUUAAACCCGAUUUACACACUCUCCCCUAGGAUGCCAGGAAUCCAUGAAUAUAUACAACAGCCAAUUCUCAAUGGCCUCAGAGACAAAGCUUCGUAUGUGAGAAGAGUGGCAGUUUUGGGCUGUGCCAAAACUAAUACGAUGCACGGAGAUGCAGAAGUCGGUAAGUUUACAAAUUUUAGUAAUUCAACUCAUAGAAAAUAAAAGAAUCUCCUAAUGCAAUGUUUUCAUUAAAAAAAAAAAAAAAAAAACAUCGAGCACAAUGUAUUUAUUUUUAUUUUUAUUCAGUGGAGGUGUAUCCAUAGGAGCAAUUGUCACCAGUGGGGUACCUCAGGGAUCUGUACUUGGACCCAUUCUCUUUAAUAUUUUUAUUAGUGAUAUUGCAGAAGGUCUUGAUGGUAAUGUAUGUCUUUUUGCUGAUGAUACCAAGAUAUGUAACAGGGUUGAUGUUCCAGGAGGGAUAAGCCAAAUGACAAAUGAUUUAGGUAAACUAGAAAAAUGGUCAGAAUUGUGGCAACUGACAUUUAAUGUGGAUAAGUGCAAGAUAAUGCAUCUUGGACGUAAAAACCCAAGGGCAGAGUACAAAAUAUUUGAUAGAGUCCUAACCUCAACAAUUGAGGAAAGGGAUUUAGGGGUGAUUAUUUCUGAUGACUUAAAGGUAGGCAGACAAUGUAAUAGAGCAGCAGGAAAUGCUAGCAGAAUGCAUGGUUGUAUAGGGAGAGGUAUUAGCAGUAGAAAGAGGGAAGUGCUCAUGCCAUUGUACAGAACACUGGUGAGACCUCACUUGGAGUAUUGUACACAGUACUGGAGACCGUAUCUUCAGAAGGAUAUUGAUACCUUAGAGAGGGUUCAGAGAAGGGCUACUAAACUGGUUCAUGGAUUGCGGGAUAAAACUUACCAGGAAAGGUUAAAGGAUCUUAACAUGUAUAGCUUGGAGGAAAGACGAGACAGGGGGGAUAUGAUAGAAACAUUUAAAUAUAUAAAGGGAAUCAACACAGUAAAGGAGGAGACUAUAUUUAAAAGAAGAAAAACUACCACAACAAGAGGACAUAGUCUUAAAUUAGAGGGACAAAGGUUUAAAAAUAAUAUCAGGAAGUAUUACUUUACUGAGAGGGUAGUGGAUGCAUGGAAUAGCCUUCCAGCUGAAGUGGUAUAGGUUAACACAGUAAAGGAGUUUAAGCAUGCGUGGGAUAGGCAUAAGGCUAUCCUAACUAUAAGAUAAGGCUAGGGACUAAUGAAAGUAUUUAGAAAAUUGGGCAGACUAGAUGGGCCGAAUGGUUCUUAUCUGCCGUCACAUUCUAUGUUUCUAUGUAAUUGGUGAAGUCCCACAUCAAUUUUUGGUGCAAAAAUUCCCCCCAAAAAAACUACAGCUACUCAAUGUCUCAAUGUCUUGUGGCUACUCUUGAGCCUGGUAUGUGUGUUAGUGUUUAAGCAGCACAGUAUUCAAGCCUACAGGCCAUAUUGCAACUGGACGAAUCUUGUGUAUAGAGGGAGCCUGACUGUAGCGGACAAAUUUAGAAAUGGCGUAAUCUGCUUCUAGAGAUGUAGUUAUAGUACCAGCAUGGUAAGUCACUCCGAUAUUGUUGCUAUGCAGGGUUUAUUCUGUUUAUGGAAGGCUGCGUGGAUAUUUAGUGGUUAUUGAGGGCUAUUAAGCGCUAUGGAAUCUGUUGGCGCUAUAUAAAUGGCAAUAAUAAUAUUUAGAGACUUGAGGAUAUGGCUGUGUAAAAUCUGGUUGGAAUCGUCACUGUUAAAUCUUCUUAAUUUCUUCUUGUCUUCGAUUGAUAGAUAUAUAUAUAUAUAUAUAUAUAUAUAUAUAUAUAUAUAUAUAUAUAUAUAUAUAUAUAUAUAUAUAUAUAUAUAUAUAUAUAUAUAUAUAUAUACGUCUUUUGUAUAUAUAGUCUUGGGCCAAAUAUAAUGUUCGCCACAAUAAUAUAUGUCUAUAUUAUUGAAAAGUACUAAUACGCAAUCUGACUUACGGUUUCUUCAGGUUUAUUCUUACGGAUACAUAAUAAAACAACAAAUGAUGUUACAGGAUAAUGGACAUUCAACAGCAGAUGGUAAUUGCUGGACUUCUUUACGUUCUUACAUCUUUACAUCUCGAGAGAGCCCAGAGCCAAGAGCCGAGCCAAGAGAGAGAGUGACCUUGUGUCCCUCUGUUACUAUAAAGAUGUGCUAAUACUAACGUCAGCAUUUAACUCUAGUCAUAUAAGGACAAAACCCCCACAUCCACAUUCCAGAGCUCUCGGACAAAGAAAGCCUUGCGACUUAGACCAUCUGUUACUUAUGUCAAUCCACACAUCCAUAUAUAAUCAAUAGAAACAUAGAAUAUGCAAUAUUCUACAGGCUGUAUUUUAUAUAUUUUUUUUAAUUCCCAACUCAGCUAUAGUCACAGCUUUAGAAAUUUGGCUUUUAAUUCAUUACAAUUCAGUGUUUAAUGAAUAAACUCACCUGUUUUAUAUAUUAACUAAUAUGAUUUAAUGUAGUGCAAUAAAUACUGUUGAAGAUGUAUUAUCUGGUCAAGGAUUAGUAGGGUAUUCAAAGCUGUUUAUUGAGCAAGGCAAAAACACUCAAAAGUAUGCUUGAAAUUGCAACAAACAUCAAUGUCAAUGCGAACAUAGUAAACAGCGUGAUACAGCGAAAUAGUUUUCUGUUGUGCAGGUUUAAUACCCGCGUAAUGUGCAUUGAUUCACAGUGAUAGCAGAGACAGUGUCUUGACCAACUCCUUGAAAUAGGAGGCAAGGUUGUUGCUCACAUGCAAUAAAACAUUAACCAGUAAACCGUACCUAAUGGGUAUAGAGCGGAUAAUAUGUUUGUAGGUAUGCGGAUUAUCUGUUGGCCAUGGUGUAUGUGAGCGAUAUAUUCCAGCCCUCCCUUCUAUGUGGGAAGGGUUGAGGGUGGGGGGGCAAUUGUAGGAGCUUAAAAAGGGAAAAAUAAAGGAUGAAGUCGCAGCAAAGAAAAUUAUUGGGACAAUGAAAAAAAGAAAGACGGGGAGAGAAGGCAGUUGAAUGGGGAAAGGUGGAAAAGAGGUAGAAGUUAGAAGCUAGACCACCUGCCCGGAGUAUGCGGCUUCUCCUGGUUUUUGGGGUUGAGCCAUGUGGCAGAUAAGGUGUCAUGGAUGUAUCGGUCAAGAGGGCGGUCCUGAAACAGGAUAGGAGUGAUCCAACUCCUUCUCUUAUGGGUCAGGGAUUAGUACAUGGGGUUGCAUGGUUAACAUGUCAGGGACUGAGUCAGAUUCCAUGGGUGGGGUAUAAUGGCAUCUUGCUCUAAGCCUAGCCAAAUCAAACAUCUGCAAUUUUUGUAAUUUGUCAUGUAUCAUUAUUAUUCAAUAUUUUCAAUAUUAUUGACCUUGGUGUAAAAUCUUCAGCAAGGCAGAUAUCUUAUUAUGUGGAGAGCAACCAGAGAACUUUCAAAUAGGUGCAUAAUCAUGGGCUUCCGUAGAAGGGGGCAAGGUCCCCACUCCCUCCCCCCUCCCUGGAUUUUUCAGCUUGUGCCGGUAUUUGUCUUUAGAAAUUGAGAAUACACUGCAAUACCAUCCAGUAGAUAGCGCUGUCUGUAGAGAGAUGCAGGGAUAGGAAGCUACAUAUUUUCCUUGCUUCUCUCUACUAACUGAAUCCAUGGGGGGGCAGCUAUAGACAGUGCAGUCAGCAACUCCCAGACUGCAGAGACAGCUUACAGAUCAGGUAAGUAAGGGAUGAGGGUCAGCCCACAGAUCAGGUAAGUGAGUGUUGGGAGGGCAGCCUAAAAUCAGGUAAGUUAGGGAUGGGGGAGACAGUCUACAGAUUAGGUAAAUUGGAGACAAGGGGGAGGCAGUCUACAGAUCAGGUAAGUUAGGGGUGGGGGAGACAGCCUACAGAUCAGGUAAGUGAGGGAUUAGGGUGGGGGGGUGGAGGCAACCUACAGAUCAGGUAAGUGAGGCAUGGAGGGGGGACAGCCUACAGAUCAGGUAAGUAAGAGAUAGGGGGGAAUACCAGUGGAAGUAUAGGCUCAGCUAAAACAAAAUCUCAAUCCAAUAAUCCAUGGAGUUAAAUAGCUGAUAGUUAUCACCUUCAGGAUUAGAGAAAAUAAUUCAGGACUUCAUGUAUGAAGUUAGAGUAAGAGGAUGUAGUCCCUAAAAGUAAAAAAAAAAAAGUUCCAUCUCUGCUGAUCUCCCAUGUAGUCAGAUUCACUAUUACCACAAAUGUGGACUAUGAUGGCAUUAGAGAAAAGGGAAAUGGCUACAGUAACAAAAUGGUUAACUAGGUGCAUUACUGCUGCCUACAGUGUGCUUGGGGCAACACAAAGCAUACAAAAUACACUGAGAAAUGGCAGUAUACCCUUUACUAAUGUUCAAAAUGUCAGAAACCUGUUGUCUUGCUCCUAGACUGCAGCUGUGAGUCAUGAGAAGCCUGUAGUCUUUUUAGCAGGUCCUAUCACACUUCUCUCUCAUGGGAUACAUAUCCUGGCCUUUGAAAAAUGUCAUAUUGAAUCUUUUGCAGGGACUGGAUCCUUGGUGUUGUCCAGGAAUGAGGGAGGGCUGCUUGCUGUGUGUUUGUGUAUUCAGGAGUGUGUGUAUGUAUUCAGCAGUCUGUGUGUGUGUAUUCAACAGUGAGUGUCAGGCCCCCUGCCCGCGCCGCUCGCGGCGGCUUCACUUACCCACUAAUCGCGAGCGGCAGCUUCUAGGGCCUGCCCACGGCUGUUUCAGUGACUGCAGGUCCCGCCGGCAUUCUGCCUAACGUUGCACACUCGGCACACAUUGAUGACGUCAGGGGUCUAAGUGGAAGGAUCAAAUAUCUUUGACGUAUUAUAAUUAACUCUAAUUGGACACUAGCCAAUCAGAAUUACCCUAGGCAUAUUUAAACUUACCUCCUCCGUGCCUUGUUGCCCUGUUGUGGUCUUCCCAAUAGCGCGUUUACUCUGUCUGAUCGCUGGUUACCAAAUUUUGGCUUUGUCUCUUGUUUACUCUGUCUUCUCUGAUCCUUGACCAUGGCUUGUCUUAUCGUUGUUCUGUAUCUCUAUAGUCCUUUGACUUUGGCUUUUACACUGACCGUUCUCCUUUUGCAUAGCCCAGCCACUCUAAGGACUGGCAUUGCAAUUGUUCCUCUCGUAAUCUGUCCGUGUGUCUGGUUCCGGAAUUGUGACAGUGAGUGUAUGUAUUCAGCAGUCUGUGUGUGUGUAUUCAGCUUUGAGUGUAUGUAUUCAGCAAUCUGCGUGUGUGUAUUCAGCCGUCUGUGUGUGUAUAUUCAGUAGUCUGUGUGUGCAUGUAUUCAGUCUGUGUAUUCAGCACUCUGUGUGUAUGUAUUUAGCAGACUGUUUGUCUGUAUUCAGCAGUGAAUAUAUGUAUUCAGAUGUCUGUGUGUGUGUAUUCAGUAGUCUCUGUGUGGGUAUUCAGCAGUCUCUGCGUGUAUAGGGGGGUAGAUACACUAAGAGGGGUAAGACAUUCAAAAGAUGGGAAAUACAAAACAACGGGAAAAAAAAGAAACACAGGUGAAAAAAUAUUUUAUUCUAACAGACUCUUUAAUGGAUGCUGGGACGGCCCCUGUUAGAGGGCCCCCCUCCAGGGCCCAUUAUUAUUAUUAUUACUGGCAUUUAUAAGGUGCGGGAAGUGUUGUGGGGAUUCUACUCCCCUACAUUCAGCCUUGACUAAUGUGUGAAAAGCUAUAAUCACUUCUUUACAGGAGAAAGGGUCUCCAGCUCCAUAACCACUGAAGGCCGCUGCAAGGAUUUUUGAGUACACAGGCGAAGAUGAUUUUGGUGCCGCCCCUCUCCCCUCCCCCCCAUAAAAAUGCAUAUUCACUUGUGUGCUGUGUGUCUUUUAACCAACCUUUUGUUUCUUAUCCCCUUUUUUUUAAAUGUCUUACCCCCUUUAAUGUAUCUAGUCCCCUAUUUUCCCCAUUGUGUGUUUUAUACCUCCCUUGUGGAUCUUUUACAACCCUCCUUUGUGUGUCUUACUUCCCCUAGCCCCUUUGUGUGUCUUCUUCUUUUCCAGCCCCUUUGUCUUUUACUUUUUCCAGCUCUUUUGCGUGUUUCUCUUUCACCCCUAGCCCGUACAAUUUCCCCCAGCCCCUCUGUGUCUCUUUUUCCUCUUCUCUAGCCCCUCUGUGUCUCUUUCACCUCCCCCCCCCCCAGCCCUUUUGUAUUUCCACCCCAGGCCCUUCUGUGUAUCGCUUUCAUCCCCAGCCCCUCUGUACGUCUUUUAUACCCCCAGGCCCAUCUGUGUGUCUUUCUCCCCCCUCAUGUCCCUCUGUAUGUCUUUCUUCCCACUCAGGCCCCCCUGUGUGCCACUUUCCCCUCCAUGUCCCUUAGUGUUCCUCUCCUGUCCCCUCCAUGUCCCUUGGUGGUCCUCUUCCCUGUCCCUUAGUGUUCCUCUCCCUCUCCCCAGUGAUGACCUCAGCGACCACACGGGAGGAAAGAAAUUCCUCCCACGUGUUGUGGUUAACACUAAUUGGAGGUUAGCCAAUCAGACACCUCCUGUGUGUGUAUAAGCUAACCUAUCCCUUGCCUCAGUUCACUGUUGUGGUCUUUGGUUUACCAUUGAGCGUUGCACUUAUUUGAAUUUCCUGGUUACUGAUAUUUGGCUUUGACUCUCGUUAUUCCGUCUCUCUGUUUCCCUUGACCUCGGCUCGUGUUUUGACUAUCCCUUUUUGCAUAACCUGACCAUUCUAAGGAUAGGUAUUGCAAUUCUCUCUACUCUGUCCUGUCUGCAUGUUAGGGUUCCCUAGUGAACGUUACAUUGUGUUACUUUCCCCUCCUUCCCCUGUCCCUUAGUGUUACUCUCCUCUCCCUCCCCUUAGUGUUCCUCUCCCCUCCCCUCCCCUCCCUCCUCUGUUCCUUAGUGUAUAUCUCCCCUCCCUCAUCUGUCCCUUAGUGUUCCACUUCCUACCUUACCUGUCUCUUAAUGCCCGCCCCUUAGUAUGCUUCUCCCCUCCCUCUUAGUGUUCUAUUUCCCUUUCCUCCCCUGUCUCUUACUGCCCUUUCGCCCCCCCUUAAUGUUCCUCCCACCCCCACCUCUUAGUAUACCUCUCCCUUCCCUCCCUCUCUUUUAGUGGUCUCCCCCCUACCCCAGUGUUCAUUUUCCUUUCCCUCUCCUGUACUUUAGUGCCCCCCCUUAAUGUUCCUCUCUCUCUCCCACCUAAUGUCCCUCUCCCCUCCCUCUCUUUUAGUAGUUCCCCCCCUUUCCUGUCCCUUAGUGUUUCUUCUCCAUUCCCUUGCCUCCCCCUCACUGGCGCUCGACUUACAGCAACUCCUAUUUCUGGUUUUAUUUCAUGUUCAAUUGUGGGAACUAAGCAAGUAAAUGUCGAUUUCUGUUCUCCUUUUUUGUUAAAAGAAGUCAAACAGAAGUAUGAGUAACUGGUAUUUAGAAUUGUUACAUGACCUGUUUCCCAGUGAUUAAGAAAGAGGCUUAGUUUUAUUGAGGUAUAAUUUGAAUUGGGCAAGCAGACAUCUUCUACAUUUGCAUUAGUAAAUUUAUCUAUAGCAGUAUUUAACUGCAAUACUUUCAUGUAAAGUUCUUGUAUAGAGCUACAGCAGUAGUAACGCAGAGUUGCAAGUUUGACUCAUUUGGUGCUGAUUUCAUCCUGGGAUCAUCUCUUCCUAGCUUUUUCUUGAAACCACUUUAUUGAGCGUUGUCCUUGUUCAACUCACCGCAACAUUUCAUGUGUAAAUAAAUAACGGUAGGUAGGAUAAGACAAUAGUACAUGCGUGCUUGCAAAUCUGUUUCAAUACAAUUAAAAUAUAUGAUCUAAAAUUGGAGGUAUGAACAUUUUAGACCAAAAAAUGCAUUAAACCGAAAUAGUUGUGGGUUUAUGGAAUAGCCAUAAAGUGAUGGAAAAUAAUACAAGUGAGAAGAUGAAUAGAGCUUUGAGAUAGAUCAUUAUUGUCCUUACCUGUAAACAAAUGUCAGAAUAAAACCCGUGCUUUUUGAAUUAACAGCAGAUAAAAUAUAUUUUACAAACCUGUUCUAUCACACACUAUUUUACUAGUGCUUUUUCAUGCUAAUGUUAUCUGUGCAGUUUCUGCUUUAUUUGUUCUAUGUUUUAUUUUUAUCCUUGCAGAUGGCACGGUCGUGAAUGAAUUGUACAGUCUACUUCGAGAUCCUGAUCCUAUUGUUUUGGUGAACUGCUUACGUGCCUUAGAGGAAAUCUUAAAAGGAGAAGGUGGAGUUGUGAUCAACAAGCCCAUUGCUCAUCACCUCCUCAACAGGUUUACUGUCCUAAUCACCUAUUAACUAUUCUCAGGAGUGUUGCCAAACAGUGGCCACUGUGCUAUUAGGCUCCAGACAUUCUCUGACUGGCAAACAAUUAGGGAAGUUAGGUUUUAACACCUGGAGGGUCUUGUUUUGACAGGGUCAGUCAUUGUAGAGGAAUGUAUUAUUUAUAUAUUAUUUCUCCUCCCUGCAGUGACAUGACCAGUGGGGGUUAGUCAUAGUCAAGCACUAGCUAAUUUUGUUUUAGGAUAAUAAUGUAUAGCUAAUGUUUUUAUUAAAUACAUCCUCAUGUGUUAUUAAACACGUUUUUCAUGUUGAUAUCAGUUUUUAAAAAUAGUAAAUUGUUUGUUUUCUUGACACAUUGUCAAUGUGGAUAGGUUUUAUUAGAUAUUUCACUAAGUGUUAUGAUCUAUUGCAAUACUAAUUUACUGCUUUGAUGCAAAGAAUAGAAAGCUCCUGUCUACAUCUGUGGAUACAUUGCAUAUGCACGUCAUCCACACUGCUGACUGUUAAACUGAGUUAACACAGGCUCACAUCAGAGAACUGGUUAACUGGCCUGCAGAAAAAUUCAGAAUAAAAUACAGGGGUGUAGUAAUAAGAAUAAGAAUUUUGGAGACUUGCCAAGUUAAUUGCAUAUUUCAUAAUGCAGAAGUUGUGGUAGAAUAAUAUUUGUGUCCAAAAUAAUGUAAAAUGUAAAAAUAAGCAAUGGACCUCAAGAAAAUUAACUGACUAAAAUCAACCUGCCGUUAUUUUUUUCCCCUCUCUCACACAUCUUGACAGUUCUUUAAAGUAGCACUCUAGUGACAGAAAUACAAACAUGUAUUCCUGACACUAUAGUCUUGAAACGUCUGUUUAGGUUACCGACCCUCCUCUGAUCUCAGUAAACGUGAUUUUACUGAUCUUUUCUCAUACGCCCCAACCGUCUCGCCGCAGCUGGCUCAAUAUUGAUGAUCUCAGUCAAUCCAAUGCUUUCCCAUUGGAGGUAAGGCAAUUGGGCAUGCGCAGUAAAACGCCACGCUACACCAAUCAGCAUCCUCUCAUACAGAUGCAUUGACUCAAUGCAUCUCUAUGGGGAAUGUUUAGGUAUCUCCAUGCAGAUGGUGGGGACCCUGAAUGCUAGUGCUGCACAGUGCGCAGCACUGGACUAGGAAGCACCUCUAAUGGCUGUCUAAUGACUGCCACUAAAGGUGUUAUUAGGCACCAAUGUAAACACUGCCUUUUCUCUGAAUAGACAGCGUUUACAUUUGCACGGAAAGGCUAUAGACAUUAGAACCACUACAUUAAGCUUUAGUGGUUCUGGUGACUAUAGUGUAUUUUUUAUUGUAAAUUGUAUGACAGAAGAUAAUACAAUAAAGCUUGGUUAUUUUGAUCUCAUUUAAUCUGACUUUGUAUAUGUUUUAGGCCUGGAUUCCAUUAGAAGAAAUACACUUAAAGGAACACUAUAGGGUCAGGUACACAAACAUGUAUUGCUAACCCUAUAAUGUUAAAACAACCAUCUGUCCCCCUCCCUCCCCCCCUUUCCCCUCUGAAUAUAAUAAAAUUCUUACUUUUAUUGUAGUCUGCUGCUGCUGCUGAUCUGCCUGCUUGGCUGAUAUAAUCAGAGGUGAUACUCUCAGCCAGUCACAAUGCUUUCACAUUGGAUUGGCUGAGCUUGUCAAGUCAAAUAUGACUCAAGUCAAAUAUGACUCUGGCCAUCACUAUCUCCUCAUAGAGAUGAAUGAAUUGAAUCAAUGCAUAUCUAUGAGAAAAGUUGAGUGUCUCCAUGCAAAGGGUGGAGACACUGACUGUCGGAGCUGCACAAUGUGCAGCACUGCCUGAGGGAGCACCUCAAGUAGCCAUAUGAGGAGUGGCCAGUGGAGGUAUCUCUAGGCUGUAAUGUAAACACUGCCUUUUCUCUGAAAAUACAGUGUUUUACUGCAAAAAGCCUAAAGGGAAUGAUUAUACUCACCUUUUCUUAUUCCAUUUUCUUUAAACAUUUUGUUCAUUUGCAUUUUACCUCUUAAAACACUAUUUCACUUUUCACCUUAAUUUUCCAGGUUAAUUGCCAUUAGAUAAGAAUGUUAAUUAUUUCUUUUUUAGGGUGGCUGAUUUGGAUCAGUGGGGACAAAGUGAAGUCUUAGCCUUUCUCCUCCGAUAUACACCCCGGACAGAAGAGGAGAUUUUUGACAUCCUAAAUAUCCUGGACAGCUUCCUUAAGAGCACCCAUGUAAGUGUGGUCAUGGGUGCGUCCAAAUUAUUUCUAGUUCUCGCCAAGGACUUCCCCCAUGUGCAGAGAGAUGUCCUGGCUAGACUUAAAGUUCCUCUACUGGCUGCCUGCACCUCUGAGAGCAGAGAAAUGUGCUUUGCUGCAUUGUGCCAUGUCCGCGAGAUUCUGCGCAGCUUUCCAGCACAUUUCAGUGCUCACUAUAAAAAGUUUUUCUGCUCCUACAAUGAUCCACAUUAUAUCAAGAACCAAAAGAUGGAUAUUCUGUGUGAACUGGUGAACGAUGAAAAUGUACACAGUAUUUUGGAGGAACUUCGAGUCUGUUGCACAGAUGUAUCUGUACAGCUCGCUCAAACAGCCAUUUUUGCAAUAGGUGAGUAUUAUUUAUUGUCUAUGUAUUGCAAUAUUCGAUAAACUAGAGAACCAUGGCUUAUAUUUUUGUGGCACGUAAACUCUAUAAAGGUUUCUGCUGGAGAAAUGCCAAAAUAUUGCUUAUUUGCCAGCAGCACUCUCCGUCAAUCAAUGCUUUUCAGUUUGGAUGUAAUCAACAUUGGUAAUGGCUAAGUAUUCCACAUUAUCAAUGCCGCUGAGAAAAUGAGUUGUUCCCAUGCACUGUGGAGAGCUGCUUGGUAUUAAACUGCUUCGACCACUACACUUUGCUGCAGUGGUUAUGUGCAUAAAGUGCUUUUUCAGAUGUUGUUAGUAUGCAGUUUUGAAGCAGUAAAAGAUGCCUACGUCUAUCAGGUAUCUAGAUAUCCCUGAAUGAUACUUGCUCCAUGUGUAUUAUUAUUAGUUGAAGCUAAUUGUUGCAUGAUACCUAAAGAACUAGUUGACCCAAUUUUUAAAUAUGUAGGGUAGUUAAAAUUCUUGACUGUGUUGUGCCUGGAUUACAACUAAAGUCUACACUCAUCAAGAGGCACUCUAUACACCAGCUAUAAACUAAUCACAACAGCUCACUGUAGUUCUGGUGCAAAUACACUAGGCAUGCCACUCCUCAGUAGGUGAACCAUUUUUUGAGCGAUUUGACAAAAGUGGAGCAUCCUUUGCUUUAGUUUGGCAAAAGUGGUAGUGGACUUCUGCAUUAGCCCUUCCAACGUUGGGAAGAAAUAUUAAACUAACUUGUGAUCUCAGUCUGCCACAAACUUCCAAAAAGAUCACGCUUGGCUAUUGUUAUAGCAUUUUUAGCCUACAUUUUGCAAUCUGUUCUUCAAUCCACUACAAUACAGCGUUUAAAGGACCACUCUAGGCACCCAGACCACUUCAGCUUAAUGAAGUUGUCUGGGUGCCAGGUCCAGCUAGGGUUAACCCAUUUUUUAAAUAAACAUAGCAGUUUCAGAGAAUAUAGAACGAGUAUGUUUUCCUGGCACUAUAGUGGUCCUUUAAUGAAUAAGACUUUUGGUGCAGGAUCUCCCGUGCUUUAGACCUAAAUAAUGCAGAGGUGUUUCACUGAUGUGAUACAGCUUAUUUAGGUUUCUUAUUUAUUUAAUUUUUAUUAAUCCCAGUCAGUCAUUGUGGAUGCAGUGGAUUGCUUCCAAAUGUAAUUUAAAGGACAACUAUAAGCACCAAAACAACUUUAGCUUAAUAGAAUUGUUUUGGUGUAUAGAUCAUGCCCUUGCAGUCUCACUGUGCAAUUCACUUCCAUUUAGGAGAUAAAUCACUUUGUUUAUGCAGCCCUAGACACACCACCCUGCCUCUGACUCACACAGGUUCCCAACACACUUCCUUAAAACUAGGUCUAAGUUUUUUUUAUCUCCUACUCUGUUUAUUGUCUUUUAGAGCCUGCAAAAACAUCAUCUGAUUUAGACAGAACAGGAGAUUUAGAAUAAAAACACUUUUAAAGUAAAUACACUGCUGUUAAACUUUUUCAUCACAAAUCCAAAAUACAGGGUGGCCAGUAAGUCCCUACCCAUCCAUAUAUCUUAUGUAUCCAGUUUAUCUGUGUGCUGGAUGGGUAGGGACUUAUGGACCACCUUGUAGUAUCUGCCCUUGUGUGCAAGGACUUCUCAUUGGGAAACAUUGGGAAGUCUGUAAUUGGAAUGCCAAAUCAUGUCUGGACUGGGUUAGAAGGGGAGAGCCUGCAAAGGCUACAGACAAAAUAUUUGCAGGGUUUGCAAGCUGUUUGUUGAUAUGCAUAAUUAAAAGCACGCAUAUUUUCAUUUGGGGUAUAUCUACUAAACAGUGAUUUGUUUUUAUAAUUGGGCAGUAAAGAGUCCCUUUAAUUUCUCUUGUUUUAGGCAGUUUCCCAUUUUAAAAUGCUACGAUAAGGCAGUAUGUUUUAAGUUUCACAUAGGGUCAUAGGAUAUAUAUGUGAUUUAAACAUUAUAUAGAUAUCUUGUAUUUGGUUUUCACUUAAUUGAAUAAUGCUGUGACUUUGAAUAAAAAACUUUUCUCAUCGAGACUGUGAGUCACAGCCAGGAUAGGUGUAACUAGGGGUUGUAAGUAGGGCUGCAUACAGAAAGUGAUUUAACUCCUAAACAGCAGAGAAUUGAGCAGUGAAACUGCAAUAGCAUAAUCAAUACUCUAAAAUUGUUUCAUUAAGCUAAAGUUGUUAUGGUGCUUAGCGUGUCCCUGUAAUAUUUUUUUUCUAUUAUUGCUUUACCUAUAAAGUGUCAACAUAAUCCAUGAUUUAUUCUCACAGUACACUUAAAUUACAUUCUAUGGGUAUAUUUUUAUAUCUGCAUAUUGUACAAAGAAAAUAGAUUUAUAUUUAUUAUAGUUUUUCUUACAUAUGUUAUUAUAUGUGUGUUUAUUUUUAGGUCGCAUUGCAAGAACUUAUAGUGAGAAAUGUGUGAAAAUCUUAGCAGCACUUCUUGAAUUCAAACAAGAGCACAUAGCAUCAGGUAAAUUCCUGAAAGUAUUCUAAAGAGGAACAAUUUUAUGGUGGUAAACCUAUGACCGAACCAAACAAAAGCUGAAUGAGUGUUCUUAGAAAGUACAGCCUACUUAAAUGGAAAAACCUCACCUGUGAUCUGAGUGAAUCAAAUCCAUUCACAAUUCUAAUGGCACAACCUUCCUCCUGUCUUGGAAAGUGCCUUAAUUAGAGUACAUGAUAUAUAGAAUCUUAUAUCAGAAAUGAUAUAAUCCAUUGUAUAUAAAAUAGUUUUCAUUCUCUUUAUAUUGUAGUAUGUAAUGAGAAAUAUCAACUAAUAUUGACAUGCAGAUAAGGACCUGAAACGAGAUUGGAAAGGCAAAUCAACUUUUCGUAAUGGUGCCUUAGCACCCCCUUGCACACACCUAUACUCAAAACCUUGCCAGGAUACCUUUGGUGGUGGCUGAAUAAAGGCAUCUUAUUUGAAGAAGCAUUUUGAAUCGGUCUUUACUGGCUUGAGAAACCAAGUGGUGGAGGUUCUUGUUAGACUGUGACUCUCUGCAUGUCCUUUUUACCAUGUUUUCUGAUACUGAUUGUCCUCCAUACACUUAACUCAAACACUAUUGCAAUAUUUACUGGGGUGAGGACUGCCAAAUACAUUUUGAUAUGAUAUGACAUUUCUAAUAUAAGUGUCAUGUAGUACCUGCCUCUGUCUUUUUAUGAUUUGCACGUGUACUCCAUCCUAUCCAGCCGACUUCUGUCCAUUUGGAAAUGCUGUUUGAAGAAAGUACUGCUUAGGUUCAGGCCGCCAUAAAUAUAUAGGUAUUGCUUUGGUUGUGUAUGGGCACAGGGUAAUUUCCCUCAGAUGGAUGUUAAUUCAGUCAACCAGUGAGGUCAGAGGAAGAAACUAGUGAGUCAAGGAGCAGCAUUUACAACAAAAAUGUUCUGACACAGUACGUUCGUGAUUUAUCCAAGCAACAAUACCAUUGAUAAUGCUGAUAUUAUAGUUCUCUGUGGUUUUUCAGCUGUCAUACAGACUUUCCGAGACCUUGUUUGGCUGUGUCCACAGUGCACGUCGGCAGUAUGCUUGGCUCUUCCUGGCUGUGAGGAAAACAUUCAGGAUAAUGAGGUGAUGAUAUAAUGAUUAAUAAGUAUUGGUGCAUUAACUCACUGUGAAACCAGUUGUGUUGAUUCUACUAAUUAUGUUUCCCCAGAUGAAUCUGUCUUGGUACACACAACUUUAGCUCUUUUUAAAAAAUCUUAAAAUUCCAUCUAUACAUUGCGCUAGCAGGUUUAUUACCAAAUGUAUAGAAAAUCCUAAUUAAAAAUAGGUUUUUAUCCCAUGUGUAUGUCAAUUACUUGGCAAACACUGAAUGCCAUGGAACUAAGGAAAAAGGGUAAGCAGAAAACACCUCCCACAAGAGGUACUUCUGCUCUCCACCCAUUGCAACCACAGCACAUGAGAAGGUGGAGUGCCAAACCAGCGCUGAGAGACAUCGGCGCUGGAAUCAGGUAAGUGACUAAAGAGUUUUAUAUGCCAGAGAUGGGGGAGGCAAAGGUGGGGGCGACCAGAGGGCACUAUACUGUUAGGAAUUCACUAGAAUACUAAAAAAAUCUUCAGCCCCAUUGUACAGUUUCUAUACUGUGCUUUUAAAGAUGCAAGUGAAAUUAACAUGCAUUUAUUUUUUUAAAUAUGUACAGGGAAAGCAGGCAUUAAUUUGGCUCUUAGGAACGCAUGGAGAACUUGUUCCAAAUGCUUCUUACAUCUUGGAGGACUAUGUUGACAAUAUUAAGGCAGAAAUCUCCCCAGUGGUAAAGAUGGAACUUCUGACUGCUUUAAUAAGACUCUUCCUUUCCCGACCAGCUGAGUGUCAGGACACACUUGGGCGACUCAUUUAUUAUUGUAUUGGUAAGAAAACCAUCCUUUUAAAGAUCUUUAUGUACUGGGUUUUAAAAAAUAAAAAUGUGUAUAUCAGGCUAACAAAGAAGAAAGCUAAAAAACUAAAACUAAACUAGUUUAAACACUAGGAAUGUUUUUGAAAAAAGAACUUUUAAUUUGAAUAUCUGCUAACCACUUGGCUAUUACAAUAUAUAGUUAAAAAUGUUGCUUCAUAAAAUCAACAUCUGUCAUCUUUGUUUGAUAUGACACCUUCAGCCAUGAAGCUUUUCUUCAAUAAGAGGAGGAAGCACAACAUUAUAGUAGAGGGUUGUGCAUAAGGUGCAGCAGAGGAAUUGUAAUUGUCCAUGAUUCAAUAAAGUUUUAAUUCUGCUAAAUGUACCCUACAACUGGAGUACUGCUAUGUAAAUAAUCCAAAACUGCAGAUCUUAGCCUUCAAAAGGAAGUAAACUUGACAGAAACACGAUUCAGCAUAUUAACUCUUAUUUUACUUAGCCAUUUAAAGGAAACUGUUACUUCCCAGGAUUUUUAAUAUAUUUACUUACCCCUAUAUUUCAUUAUUGAGUAUUUUUUUUACGUUUGAGGUGUUAAAACUAAAACUUAAUGUAGAAAUCCACUUCUUUUUUAUCUUUCCUCUUUGUGCCCCCAUUUUAGCUCCUAGUCAAUCAUUAGUAUAAGCUCUGUCAUUUGUUCCUGGCAGUCAGCAGAUAGAAAGCAUGCAGAAAAGAGGAAACAUUAAACAGUUUCUAUUUAUAUCUUUUUCAUUUGCAAUGUGACUGAGCCUGGACUCCACAGAAUUAUAUUAUUUUCAAAAUCAUUAAAGGGUUACUAUAACCCUUUUGAGAGGGGGAUCUUUCUGGUGUAAUCGCCUUAUUGGGCACUGUGACAAAGGGUCCCUGUCAAUUCGUUUUAGGCUUUUGCCUAAACAAAUGGUGUUUUAUAGCUAAAAUAACUAUUUGUCUAGGGCUAGGCAAAAGCUUUUUUUGCCUGAAAUACACAAUGGAUCCCUGAGAUUCAAUGAACAAGAAAAGUUUUUUUGUUUUUGUUUUUUUUGUGUCAGUUCUGUGUCAUGUUUCUGUUUUAAAAAAUAGAAACUUCCUAUUUUUAUGCUAUGACAAUACAUUUUGCAUGUUUAUAUUUACGGACUACCUAAAAUGCCACUCUAUGUACUCUAUCAACCUUUACUCUGUGCAGAGACUAUGGUACAAGCAGCACCAUUCUAUCCCCGUCUUUUAUAUAUCAAUUGCAAAAAUUGCAAUUGCAAAUAAGUAACUUAGAGUUACUAAUCUAAUAUUAGAGUGUUUUAUUAUAUUUCUAGAGGAGGAGACAAACAUGGCAGUGCGAGAUCAAGGCCUUUUCUACUAUCGCCUUUUAUCCACUGGCAUUGAAGAAGUGAAAAAAGUGUUAAGCAGUCCAAAAUCCGACCCAUCAUUGGGAGUCUUGGAAGACAGAACUGAACAACCAAUCAACACCUGGGUAUCACGUUUUAACACUCUAGCAACUCUAUAUGACAAAAAGCACUGGGAAUCUCUAAGUGCAACCACGGCCCAUUUAGACCUCUCCAGUGUUACGGAUCAUCUUCUAGCAGGUAGGUUUGUCAUACAAUGAUAUUGCUUGUUUUAAAUGCAUUUAAUUAGCAUUAGACUUGUGCAAUUUAUUUCAGAAUUAAUCGAAAUUAGGGAGUUUUAAAUUUUUUUAUAAUUAUUUAUUUAUUUUUGCGUGCAUGUGAGUUAGUCGUUUUGUCAAUGCCCCAACAGUAAUGACAAACAUUCGAUUAUACAAAGCGUAACAUAUAGAGGCAUUCGAUUAUAUAGCACAUUUUUAAGAAUGAUGCGAUUAAUUGUCGAGGUUAUAUUUAGGCUAUUCUGGUGACCGUACAUGUAGUGUAGGCAUAGUAUACUUGUCAAUUUUUGAGCGAAAUAGUAAGAAUAUUUCUGGAGCUGUUGUUACUUGCGACCUGCCAGCAUGGCGGUCAGGCCCCGCUCCAAUUAGGGAGUUUUGACUAAUUCGUAAGUGUCCAAAUUUCUGAUUCGCCACAAAAUGAAAAGAAAACAAAUUAAUCCAUAUCGAAUUUCUUUAUUUAUAAAAUAUUUUACUAGGAAAAAUACAUUGAGAUUUCUCUCGUUUUCAAGUAUGUCCUGGGUCCAUAAAACAUUGCAUUGAUACAAUAGGGUACAAUAAAAUACAGAAACAAUAUUAAUACACAACAUAUACAAAAUGUAACAUAGAACAGGUAGGAAUCAGUUUGUUUUGGAUCCAUUAAUUUUGACAAGGAUAGCAAAUUAUGGCAUUCUUUACUAAAUAAUUGAAACAGCAAAGUUAAAUAAAAGGGUUGUUUCUUAAUUUCUAAGAUGUUUAGUAGAUAGCUGCCUAGUUUGAUAUCCUUAUGUGCAUGUUCCCUUUUAAUCAUUCUAGAUAGUAACCAGAUAGUUUAGUAUGAGUAUGCCAUUCAUGUUAUUUUCAUUCCUGUUACAAUGAGUGGAACUUGGGAGAUUUUAUUUGUUGCUUAUUUUAAUCUGUAAAUGCCAUUAUCUUUAAUUACAUUUUUAUUAAGAAUGCUCAGGGCCAGCCCAAGACAUUAUGCUGCCUGGGACCAAUAAUGGAACGCUGCUCACUCCCCCCUACUCCCUCCCCCUCCCCCCCACCCUGCUAAAACCACGCUUACCAAAACACACCCACAUCCAUUAAUUUAUGCAGUGUGUGUUGUGAAUGCAGUGUCUGUGUUUGUGUAUUUUAUGCAGUGUGUAUCAUGAAUGCAUUGUGUAUAUUUGUGUGGUGGAUGCAUUGUCUGUGUUUGUGUAGUGGAUGCAGUGUCUGUGUAUGUGUAGUGGAAGCAGUGUUUAUGUUGUGGAUGCACUGUGUGUUUGUGUAGUGGAUGCACUGUGUGUUUGUGUAGUGGAUGCAGUGUAUGUGUUGUGUAAUGGAUGCAGUGUCUGCGUUGUGUAAUAUAUGCAGUCUCUGUGUUUGUGUAGUGGUUGUUGUGUCUGUGUUUGUGUAGUGGAAGCAGUGUGUGUUUGUGUAGAGGAUGCAGUGUCUGUGUUUGUGUACUGGACGCAGUGUCUGUAGAGGAUGCAGUGUGUGUAUUUGUGUACUGGUGUAUACUCGAUGCAGUGUAUGUGUGUUGGUGGUGUGGGCUGUGGGGAGGGGAGCUAAUCUUUCAUACCCAACAGGAUCAGCUUCUCUCCUCUCGCGAGGUACUAGAUUGUUUAUGCGAGUUGUCAUGGCAACGCUCCAGCACGCACCGUGCUGCGCAGAGUGUUGCCAGAGGUGUAUAUGUUUGUUUGUAUAUUUGAAUGCAAAGGUGUGUGUGCAUGAAAAGUUGGGAACGUAAUUGUAAAAGUAUGUGUAUUUGGCACAUAUCACUCACUCACACACAAUUACACUCACAAACACAUAUAAUACCAGCAGACUUCAAUAGCAAGCAGUGCCUUUCUUUUUUAUUUCUUCUAAUUUUCCUGGCCACUGUAGUUUUUAUAUCCUUACUGCUGUGUGAUGUCUUACCUUCAUCCAGGUAGCUGGCUGAGCAUAAUGGAAACCAUAGCUAAUAACAGCUACAAUAUAAGUAGUUGCCAAUUAUUUUCUUAUCUGUUACUGAUUUUAUUAUCCAUGAUUCUCUAGUUCUUUAGUGUGCCUGGGAAUUAUGUGAAAUCUAACCAAAAUGCAUUCAUCUUCUAUCUGUGCAAUUAAUUUUCCAUGACUCUCAGCCAUCCAUCAGGCACGCUCGCCAAGCAUCAAGAGAAACAUGGUCCAGAACAGCUACAGUAACAUAAGUUAUAUGUGUGCUUGUUUUUUUUAUUAUAAAUAAACUAUAUAUUAAGACCUAUUGCCCUGAUUUAAUAUUGUAGGUAAACUUUUCAAAAGAUUUAAUUUUUUUUUUUUUAUAAGUCUAAAAAUAUUUAUUAUAUAUGAUAUAUUUUUGAUAUUUUUUUUUUUAUUUUGAAAAUAAUAGUUUACAAGUUUAUCCAAACAUUUUAAAUAAUUUGAAAAGCAAAGGCAACCUUAUUAAAUUGAGGUCUAGAUCUGAAAAAUUUAAAUUUGUCUAGCUCUUAACUUGUAGCCCUGUUCAUAGCUUCUAGUAAAAUCGGUAAAUAUUACUAUUUUACUGUGAGUAAUUUGAAGAACAUAAAAGUAAUAUUGUUUUGAUGAAGAGCACUUUGUGUUUUAUAGUGGAACUUACUUCUGUGGUGGAUGCUGGAGAAUUGCAAGAUCACCAUGAACCUUUUAGUCUGAUGAGUGACAUUGUUGUAACUCCAGAGCAGUUUGAGAAAAAAUGGAUUUCAGAGGAUGCAGUGUGUGACUUGGAUAUUGACUGGAAAGAAGGUGUUCUACCAGACACAGUGCAAACAUCUUUACAAAUGAUGCAAAUCUACACAAUUGCCAAGAGCAAACCUGGUACCCAGCCAUGGAAAUCCUACAUCUAUGCUCAGGACAAUAAGGACAAUUUAUUUCUUGCAGAAUUAAUGCUUAAUACUGAUUUGCCUACCCUGCAGACUUCUGUGAAGACAAGCACAGGGGAUGAAGAAGCACUAAAUAGCUUUAUAGCUCUUUUAAAAUCUGCAGUUGCAACAUUCUUGGAUCUUUCCAGGUGAUGAAUAUAAAAGACUGAGCUACACUUGAUUUAAGAACAUGUGCAUAUAGAGCUUAGUAUCUACUUUGUGUUAGUUGCAGAAUGCUACAUUCCCAUAGAAUUCCAAUUACUGGAGAAAAUAGUGGCCUUGUGAAAGUGUUACUUGCAAGCCAUCUAUUAUCCAAAGUCUAUGGCUUUCCAGUAUACUUUCCCCUGUUAUGAUAUUCAGCUGCAGCACAAGGACUUGGCAAUCUAUCAAAACGUAUACAGUUUUCUGUAUUUGUAGAUCACCCUAUACAAGCUAUGACUGAGGCAAAUGAGACUUGCAUCAGCCAGAUAUCCUAGGUUGCCGAAUCCUAGCAAGAAAAAUACUUAUUGCUGUCAAUUAAAGUUUUAAAAUGGAAAAAGAACCCUGAAUUUCUUUACUCAUAUAAUUGAAUGUAUAAAAAUAAAUCACUGCAAAUACACUGAUAUUUGACAAGUUAUUUAAAAUGAAUAUAUUGUUUUAUUUUUCUGUCAUUCUAAAGAUAGCAUUUUUUGGCAGGUGGGUGGAUGGAGGGGGGAGUGGAUCGAGAAGUCUAGACAGAGGUUUGUAUCCAUAACCACUAUUUUAAUAUUAUUCCACUUCGGUUUCACAAUGGAAUUACGUCAACAAAUAUCUAAAAAUAAAAUAAAAAUGAACAUUAUAUACGUGAGUAUGCUGGACAUUAAUAUUAUUGUGAACAUAAAAGUAG